AGCAUUUGGAGUGGGAAGAGGAGGGAGAUGCUGGUGAUGGCAGGAGGAGGUCAUUCCUUGGGUCUGCUUGCCCCCCUCUUGCGCUGUCUGGUGGGUUUCUUGCUCCUCUGUUCCCCAGUAUGGACCCUGAACUUGGAUGCAAGUUCACCAACAGUGUACUCUGGGCCCAACGGAAGCUAUUUUGGGUUUGCCUUGGAUUUCUACCGGGACAGCAAAGGCAGGUAGGACAGCACUGGGCAUGCCGUGAGGGAGUGGUGCACUAACAGGACCUCAGGAGGUGGACAACGGGGACUUGGAAGAUGACAACAGAUGUCUUGGGAAAGGCCAACAGCCUGUUUGGCUGGCAAGAUGCACGACAGCAGUGCAUGAGGCUAUUAUCCAUUGAACCUUGACUGGGUGCAGGCACUAUAAGAUGUUCAUACUUAAAUGGUAUAUUAGACAAGGUCUACAGAGCUCUACAGGGACAUGGGUGGCGCUGUGGGUUAAACCACAGAGCCUAGGGCUUGCCAAUCAGAAGGUCGGCCGUUCAAAUCCCCGCAACGGGGUGAGCUCCUGUUGCUCGGUCCCUGCUCCUGCCAACCUAGCAGUUCGAAAGCACAUCAAAGUGCAAGUAGAUAAAUAGGUACCACUCCGCUGGGAAGGUAAACGGUGUUUCCGUGUGCUUCUCUAGUUCGCCAGAAGCGGCUUAGUCAUGCUGGCCACAUGACCCAGAAGCUGUACGUCGGCCACAACUGGACCUAAUGGUCAGGGGUCCCUUUACAGAGCUCUACAGCAGGAGUCUAAACAAAGGCCUGGGGCAGGGGUUGUACUAGUUCAAGAGUGCCAAGGCUGUGUCACUGCUGGACGGCGGGAGAGGGUGCAAUAAAUUCACUAUUCCCAGAUGCAGCACAAUACUCAUCCUAAUAUUAACAUCUGGCAGCCAGAGAUAUCCCGUCUUCAAACAGAUGCAUCAGGAGCAGCAUGGAAAGGGUGAAAAGGGAAGGGCUGGUCAUUCUUAAAAUUCAGUAAUUGGAUGGGGGGAAUUUAGCAGUUUGCCCAAGAUGAGGCAAUAGGAACAGCAUUUGUUCAAUCAUAAUUUGCAACCUGGCAUGACCAUUGAUCAGGGAUGAUGGGAGUUGUAGUCCCAGAACAACUGAAGAGCCAUAGGUUCUUCAUCUCUGCCACAGAAUGUUAAUAACGGCUGCUGGUAUGUGUGGCUUUUUAAAUACAGUGGUGCCUUGCAAGACGAAAUUAAUUCGUUCUGCGAGUUUUUUCGUCUUGCGGUUUUUUUCGUCUUGCGAAGCAUGGUGUCGGAAAAGUUUUGGAAAAGCUUCAAAAAUCACCAAAGUCUUCAAAAACCUCAAAAAAGGCUACCACACCGCGUGCUAUGAGUUGCUCCUCGAAGUCAAGUCGCAACUGUAUUAACGGUUUUAAGAAAAGGAAACAAACUUGCAAGACGUUUCCGUCUUGCGAAGCAAGCCCAUAGGGAAAAUCGUCUUGCGAAGCAACUCAAAAAACCAAAAACCCUUUCGUUUUGCGAGUUUUCCGUCUUGCGAGGCAUUCGUCUUGCGAGGUACCACUGUACAGCAUAUCUGGUACUUGCAAAAUAAAAGCCUUUCCUAAGUGAGAUGUAAGUUCAGUUUCAGGAGGUUGAACCAGGUUAUUUUUCGAUCAGAAAUUCACACAUCCAGUUACUUAAAAAAAUUGGCGGGUUGGAGCUAGAUUUGUGGUUCCGUAAGUGUACGUGCCCAAGCAAAGGACUAGUGCAAGACCCUUGUGGUCCAGCUGGGCUGAGCAGCCCAGGCUACUGCAGAGGCUUGUAAAACAUUCCUAGCAGGGAGAUUCUUCCAACUGGUGGUUUGCCACAUGAGGCCGCUGUGCACAAACAUUUGUGAUUCUGUCCCUAGUAGGGAAGGUGAAGAGGGUCAGAGAUAGGAAACUGACAGCAGGGAUGAGGUGUACCUGUAGUUGGCUCUGCCAGUUACUGGCUCCACCCGCUGUUGGCUCCCUGCCUUGUAUCCUACCAGUCCCAGACUGACCUUUUUUUCCACCCUAGCAUGAAUGUGGUGGUUGGUGCCCCACAGGCCAACAGCUCGCAAACUGGUGUGACGGAGGCGGGUGCUGUCUAUCUGUGUCCCUGGGCGCCUGGUGGCAGUGCCUGCGCCCCCAUUCAGUUUGAUACCAAAGGUGAGUGAUCCCCCAUGAUUUUGGGGUCAUUAUAGGGUCUAUACAAGCAGGAAAGGGCAGUCUCACUCAAAAUGUCAGCAGGUGAAGAUUUGCCCAUAAUUGUGUAUCCAUAGUAGAAAAGGUGACCUUGUUUAAUUUGUGCCAUCCACAAUGGUGCGAGGCAUCAUUCACUUUGUUUCUUUACCUGUAUUUCUUGUUGCAAGCUGCUCCUGUCAAAAAAAGAACUUAUCUGUUCAGCAGGGACUGGGAAGAUGCAGGAAAUGCCUCACAUUCCUUCCUUCUGAUUACUUAGCAGCAGUGUUAAAUGCCGAAGCAUCCUUUUUUUAAAAAAAAAUAAUUAUUGGAUAAUAACAACAUUUAUUUUGUUAUUUAUUUAAAUUUAUUGGAUAAUAACAAAAACCACAAAGCAGAAUAACACACAAAAACAGAAAAAAUAAAAAUACAUCAAUGAACAAAAAAAGGAACAAUAAACAGAUAAAAAAUAACAACAAACUUAAUUCUUUACAAAUCCAACCUUUGAAACAUCUUGGUUGACUUCCUCUAGUCCCUCCCUUCUGAGUUUCCUUGUAGUUGAAAGUAACAGCUUUCCAAUAUCAUUAUUGAACUAAAACAAUUUCUAAUUAUAGUCCAUCUUGUUCACAUUUCUUAAUAUUCUAAAUCCCAUUUAUUUAAUUAUAACUUAGUUUAAUCCUAGGCCUAUUUGUUUCUUUCAAGUAAUUUCUAAUUUUGUAUAUUACAAUAUUUAUUCAAAUAGUCCUUAAAUUUCCUGCCUAAGCAUCCUUAACAAGAGCAGUGCCUCUUUAUGUGCCUAAUAAGCCUUAGAAUGUUGCCUCCAUGCUUCGGCUAUCCAACUUUCUUAAUAGAUUUCUGAAUGAUUUACUUUUUUACAUGAAAGCUAAGAGUCCAGGCCCCCUUUUAUGUAUGGGGGUGGCCGAACAGGAAUGAAGAUAAAUAUGGACUAGGAGUCAUUACCCCAAAUGAACUUAAUUCACCUGGCAACCAUUUUCAGAGAUGUCUUGCAUUUCAGUGAUGUUCAACUGAACAUUCCAAGCACUGGUCUCACUGCCAGCAUCAGUAGCACUUGUAGGGCAUGCGCAUGUGUGAGCCAGUCCCAAUAUGAGGAGGAAACUCUUCAUGGAAUCACUGUAUGUGUGGAUGUGGCUAACAUCUGCAACUGCAACCUCAGUUUAAACUGAGGCAGGUAGGAGUUGUGAUCACAGAUAAAGGCAAUGUUGUCAUGUACAGGGAUGGUUCACGCAGCUUUCGUGAGAUCAGCGAGCAACCCCAGUGACAGUGCAUCAUGCAUGCCUGUCUUACACAUGUGUGGCUACUGCCACCACUCUGAACUUGCCCUGCAAGAUCCAUCCCCUACAAACCUUCAUGGCCUAGGACCCUCGUACCUACGCGACCACCUCUCCCAGUAUGCCCCACAGAGAGCCUCAAGCGCCAUAAAUAGCAACCCCCUAGUGGUCCCGGGCCCUAAGGAAGUUAGAUUGGCUUCAACCAGAGCCAGGGCCUUUUCAGCUCUGGCUCCGGCCUGGUGGAACGCUCUGCCUCAUGAGACCAGGACCCUGUGGGAUCUGAUUUCUUUCCGCAGGGCCUGUAAGACAGAGUUGUUCCGCCUGGCCUUUGGCUUGGAGCCAAUUUGAUUCCCUUCUCCUCUUUCUUUUUUCUUUUUCCUUUCUCCUCCUGUGAUGAGGCUGCAUUUUAAUAUUUUAAUGUUUCAGUAUUUUAAUGUUGUAUUUUAAUCUUGUUUUUAAUUUGUAUUAAUUCAACUUGUUUUUAUUAUUGCUAGUUAGCCGCCCUGAGCCCAGCCUUGGCUGGGGAGGGCGGGGUAUAAAUAAAAAUUAUUAUUAUUAUUAUUAUUAUUAUCCCAAAAGGAGAUGGAAAAUGAUGCUUGUGGUGGGGAGCCAUGUGAGAUUUGGGGGUGAGAAAAUUGGGGGCCAAGGAUGAGAUCCCGGCUGAGUCAUGAACUUGAGGUGGGCCGGGGAGAAAUCGGAGCUACUUGGAGGUGGGCAUCUGAUGAGAUGUGAGGAAAGAGCUAAUGGCAUCUUGCCUGCAUGUACAAACCUGCAGUCAGACUGACUACUCAUGGAUGGCAUGUGGCUGAGGGGGGUGAUAUGGUGGGUCAGUAGCUUCUGCCUUCAAAUCUGACUCCUCUCUUCCUUCUCCUAUGCCGCUGCUGGCCAGGUGAUGAGGUUGAACAGCUGCACGGAGUGGUUGUGAAAACCUUCAAGACUAAACAAUGGUUCGGAGCUUCUGUGAGCACCUGGAAAGACACCAUCGUGGUGGGUACAAUAAACAGACCGUCUUAGAGAAGCUUCAGAAGCAGAAAGGGGUGGAAUUAAAUCGAGCCUCUCUGCAAACAAACCAGAAGGGACGCUCAAUAAACUUUAGAUGUUGUACAGAAUCCCCACAAACUUUGUGCAGGCAAAUCGGGACGAAUACUCAAUAAACGGGUCGCCUGGAAUCAGCUUAUAAUUGUUGGAAGAGCAACAGCAGGGCUCUUCCUAUUAAUAAACUAUGGGUUAAAGCUGGCUAAUUAUGUUAAGAGUUAGUCAACUAGCCAAGGGGUGGGAGGAGGUGUUGCUUAGCAACCAGGCAGAGUGGCAUGAUCACUGAGGGAGCACAUGCUCUGAUUGGCUGGUUAGUUCUGAGGCAAUUUGGCCUGACGUAAGAAAGCCAAAUCGUCUCUGUUCCUUUCUCCUCAAAUUAUGCACCAUUCUUUAAUUCAGUUUUGCUUAGUAUGGUGUUAACAAGACUUUUUAUCUCUGGACGCAUUAUUUAAGCGACUCUGCUAACAAUAAUUUCAACAGACGCAAUACAUCUCACUAUAAUGAGGAAGACUUGUGACCAGAAAAACCUGUCUGCUUUGUUCAGUCUGCUGCCCAGAUGUUAAGUGUUGAUGGGCAGCUUAAAGGCCCCUGCUCUCCCUCCUUAAUAUUUUUCAGCCUUAAACAGCAGCCCUUCAGAGGACACCUUCAAAAGUCAGAGAGUCCUUUGAUAGCCUUUUAAAUAUAAAUAUAAGUAGGGUGAACAGCCAACAAUCCUCUGCAAUUAUGAGGUUGUCCCUCCUGGAGGGGUGUGAUUGUCAUUGAUACAACAUCCUGCUCACCCCAUUUUUUCACCCUACCAGGCUUGCGCUCCUCUCCAGCACUGGAAUGCCAUUUCUGGCCAAGAGGAGGCCACAAAGACCCCCACGGGCAGCUGUUUCUUAGCCACAAGUGGCCUGCAGCGCUUUGUUGAAUUCUCGCCAUGCCGCAAUAUCCAAAUGGAAUCAUUUUACAAGUUGACAAGAUAUGGUGAGUGCAAUAUGCAGGUGGCAGGGAAUUUGCAAUAGCCGAAGCUCCAGGCCUUAAGGAGAGGGUGUGCAGAAUUUUUGCCCAGAAACUUUGCCUUUGAAUGAAUGGCACCCUUGUUUUGCUUUUCAGACCACUCUAGUCUGCUCAGAUUCCAUGUCUGGCCUCGUGUAAAUGGCUGCUGAGUGGUUUGCCCCAUGCUCCUACACGCUCAAUUGCAAACAAACAGCAUGUGUGGAUUCACUCAAGCCACAAUGGUCACAACAAUCCCUCCCCAUUCUAGAAGAAAGUUGUUUGGGUCCUUCUGAAAAACCAGAGCCUUGCAAUGUCAAAUGGAGGCUAUUCCGUUAGGGAUACCUACCUACAACCAGCACAAUUUGUCCUCGGGGGCAGUAGGAGCUAUUCCGUUAGGGAUACCUACCUACAACCAGCACAAUUUGUCCUCGGGGGCAGUAGGAAUAUAAUCCGUUAAAAACUGUUUUACAAAUCGUUUGUGCAAAUUUUAAUAAUAAAGCGUAUAGGCCCAACUUAACAUGUCAAUUUUUAUCAGCAGAGGGGAAAAUGUUAUGGAAAAGGCCAGAUUAUUUGUACUAAAUUAAUAAUAUGAAAUUAUUUUGAUAUGAAAUAUUGAUAAGUAAUUGGUGAUGUGAAUGUAUAUUUAACUUAGAUUUUCUGAUUACAUUUCAUGUUUUGGUAAGUUAAAUAUACAUGUACAUAACCAAUACCAGUGAUAAGAAAAUAAAUGUGGUAAGAAGACCAUGUUUAGGCAGCCCAGUCCGAAGUUGAAGGAGGAACGGUGGGUUUGGGUAUGGUGUCCUGGUAUGUGCGCCAAUCAGGGUUGGGGGACUUGUGGGGCUCCAAAGACCGCUGGACUACAAUUCCCAUCAUCCUUGACCUCUGGAAAUGCUUGCAGGGGCUGAUGGGAGUUGAAGUCCAGAGGGCCGCAGGCUCCCCAUCCUUGAUGUGAGGGGUCUUCCCCACACUGUUGAUUUACACCCAGUUGAUUUACAUUGCUUUUCUGUUUCUUUGCCUUCAAUCAGCAAACGACCACCGCUACUGUGAGGUUGGAUUCAGCUCUGCCAUCUCUGAUGUGAGUUUUGGGAGGGAAAGGGGCAUGGCCCCAAGAAGCAUGGCUCCCCACACCUGAGACACAAUUUCCAGAGUGAUUUAACAAUCAAUCCCUCUUCACAGAGAAUUCUGGGAACCAGAGCUCUGUGAAGGGAAUAGGGGUCUCCCAAAAACUCCCAGCACCCUUAACAAACACAAAGUCCCAGAAUUAUUUGGGGGAAACCAUGACUUUUUAAAGUGGUGGUUGUUGUUGUUGUUUAGUUGUUUAGUCGUGUCCGACUCUUCAUGACCCCAUGGACCAGAGCACGCCAGGCACUCCUGUCUUCCACUGCCUCCCACAGUUUGGUCAAACUCAUGUUUGUAGCUUUGAGAACACUGUCCAACCAUCUUAUCCUCUGUCGUCCCCUUCUCCUUGUGCCCUCCAUCUUUCCCAACAUCAGGGUCUUUUCCAGGGAGUCUUCUCUUCUCAUGAGGUGGCCAAAGUAUUGGAGCCUCUGCUUCACGAUCUGUCCUUCCAGUGAGCACUCAGGGCUGAUUUCUUUAAGAAUGGAUAGGUUUGAUCUUCUUGCAGUCCAUGGGACUCUCAAGAGUCUCCUCCAGCACCAUAAUUCUAAAGUGUCAAUUCUUUGGCGAUCAGCCUUCUUUAUGGUCCAGCUCUCAUUUUAAAGUGGUACCAUAGUGCUUUAAAUGUAUGGUGUGAACGAGGCCUUAGUCAUCACUGGAAUUGCCAACAUAGCUCAGUGGGGGAAAACCAGCUGUAAAGAGGCUGUGCCUAUUGUUUUAGGUUAGCGGGUAAUUGCUGAUGUCUUCUGAGUCGCAAAUAGGUGGUUUGCUCAACACACAUCUAGGCUGUGCCUUUUUGUGUGAAGCAAUCAGCUGCCAAAAUGCUGGCCGCAUGCUUCGGUGUCACACAGAAGUCAUCCUUGGGUGUGCAGAGCAAAGCAAAAACUGUUUUCCGCCUGGCAUAUAGAGGCAGAUGUUUGCUUCUCUUGUUUUGUAGAUGUAUGUGUGGAGCUGGCAUGCCACCCUCUGGGUCUCGUGGGCGGUGGGCAGCUGUUCACAGGCUUUCUUCUACUCUUGUGUGGCUGUCGUUUUGUGACUCUGACCUCCUCUCUUGUCCCCACAGUCUGGGAGACUUUUACUUGGGGCUCCUGGUGGACAUUACUUUGGAGGUAAGUGCUUUCAUUCCCUUCCCUUCCCCGCAGCAGACAAAGGACUCUCCAGAUGUUGUUGGACUACACCUCCCAUCUUCCCUGACCCUUGGCCAUGUUGGCUGGAGGUUGAUGGGAGUUCAAAUCCAGAAGCAUCUGUAGUGCCACAGGCUCUCUGCCACUGCUGAGGGAGAGAGCUCCAGGAAUAUGGGGAGGCCAGUUAAGGCUAUCAGUAGCUACGAUCCCUGAUGGAUAUGUUCUUCCUCUUUUUAAAUAAAUUUUCAUAGAGUUUGCGGAAAGGGAUAGAAAGAUUAUUAUCUAUUAUAUUUUUAUCAAAACGUUUAAAUAAAAACAAAGCAAAAAGAAAGGGGAUAGAGAAGGGAUAAAGGGGAGAAGGGAAGAGAGAGGAAAGAAAGAAAGAAAGAAAGAAAGAAAAUACAAAACUUCCAAUUCUUCAUCUGUUCACUGCAUAUAAAUGUUAUUCGACUCAGUCACUCCAACAUAGGUAAAGGUAAAGGGACCCCUGACCGUUAGGUCCAGUCGUGGGCGACUCUGGGGUUGCGGCGCUCAUCUUGCUUUAAAGGCUGAGGGAGCCAGCGUACAGCUUCCGGGUCAUGUGGCCUGCAUGACUAAGCCGCUUCUGGCGAACCAGAGCAGCGCACAGAAAUGCUGUUUACCUUCCCGCCGGAGCGGUACCUAUUUAUCUACUUGCACUUUGAGGUGCUUUCGAACUGCUAGGUUGGCAGGAGCAGGGACCGAGCAACGGGAGCUCACCCCGUCAUGGGGAUUCGAACUGCCGACCUUCUGAUCGGCAAGUCCUAGGCUUGCGCCUAGCGCCACCCACUUUCUAUAAACCAACAUUAUCUUCAGUCCUCAAACCCAAAUGUCAUUAGUUCAUUUUCUUUUUCACGCAAAGCGUCUACGAGAGGUUUCCUAUCUUCAGUAAAUGUUAGCAAUGACUUUUCUCUAAUUAAGCAGGUCGGUUUCGCCAUCUCGGCUAAGUCCACUAAUUUUAACAACCAUUCCUCCAUGGUUGGUAACGAAGAGUCCUUCCAUCUUUGUGCAUAUAAAAGUCUCACCGCCAUAAUGACAUAUUUAACAAAGCUCCUUAGUCCUUUUCUAAUUGUAUGGAUAUGUCUUUCCUCCACUGUCAGAGGCAGCAUGCUUCUGAAUACCAGUUUCUGGAAACGGCAGGAGGGGGAGUGUUGUUGCACCAGGUCCCACUUAUGGGUUUCCCUUGGGGACCCCUGGUUGACCUCUGAAAACACAGGAUGCCAGACUAGAUGGGCCACUUGCCUGACCCAGCAGGCACUUCUUAUUGGAGACUCUGAGAAAUCCAUAUUUAGGCUUUGCUUGCUAGUCUGCAUUCCCUACUAUUCAGCAGGGUGAGGCAGACCCUGUUCAGUUGACCGCUGCCCUUUUUAGCACCUGGUUUGUGGGAACAAAUGAGGGGACGCGGGUGGCCCUGUGGGUUAAACCACAGAGCCUAGGACUUGCCGAUCAGAAGGUUGGUCGUUCGAAUCCCCGUGACGGGGUGAGCUCCCGUUGCUCUGUCCCAGCUCUUGCCAACCUUGUAGUUCGAAAGCACACCAGUGCAAGUAGAUAAAUGGGUACCACUCCGGCGGGAAGGUAAACGGCGUUUCCGUGCACUGCUCUGGUUCGCCAGAAGCGGCUUAGUCAUGCUGGCCACAUGACCCAGAAGCUGUACACCGGCUCCCUCGGCCAGUAAAGCGAGAUGAGCGCCGCAACCCCAGAGUUGGCCACGACUGGACCUAAUGGUCAGGGGUCCCUUUACCUUUACCCUGUGGGAACAAGAGCACAAAUUGUUCGUCCUGCUGCCUCUGCUGCCUCACGUAGGUGGUCCCAGCCUUGCCGAGGGACUGAUGCCUCUACCUUGCUCCUCUUCCAGGUCUGAUCUAUUCAUCCAAUUUGUCCAUGGUCCUAGCAAAUGCUCCUCUCAAACAUACCCUUUUGUGGUCACUGAAUGAGCUGAAACUCACAGGUUUCACCGCCUUACACUAUGAUGAAUAUCGAGGUAAGGGGACAUGCAUCUUCAUCUGCAAACGCUGGAGGAGCCGAGGGAGAGGCAGAGCUUAUGAGAGGAGUUAAAAAGAGUUUGGGAAUAGACUAAGGAAAGAAUGCAAGGAAGGCUUUUACCCCCCAAAACCACAUCCCCUUGGGGAGAAAUCUUUUGUGGGCUGCACACCAAAAGUGGGUGAGACCCAGAGGGACCACCCUCUUCCCCUGCCCCAUACAUCUCCUGUCCAUCUCUUUCUUUGGACUUUAUCUCAAAGUUGACAAAGACUGUUCUAAAGCCCCAGCAACGGGGAGAAUGCCUGUACCUUCCCCCUUUUGAUGCUACUGUUAUUGAGGUUAUGAAUACUGCACACAUGGAAGCCGUUGGGUGAAAAAAAAUAUGACUCUCAUUUGAAAUAAAAAUUAACCAGUCCAAAAACAGGGUUCAAAAGUUUUACAUACAGAACUUAACUCCAAAACAAAUUAAAACAAAUAAAGCUACUUCCAAGUAGAUGCAUAGUUUCUUAUACUUGUCCAAGUGUAAGGCAUAAUAUUUUAGAUUGCAUAUAGCUUGCAUCCUGAGCUAAAAAUUAAAGCUCUGUCUCUUCCCCAAACAGCCUCCAGUGGCCCUAGGCUCUUUACUGGAGGACAGAGGUAAACACAUCCAUUCUCUUCAGUAGCUUAGAACAAAUUACUCACUCUACCCAAGAUGGAUGCCUGCAGAUUAGCAUAUAUAGGAUCUCUUUCAUGUGACUGAUCCCGGGGAGAUAUAGUCCCAUGAUAGAUCCCCACUAAUGAUUAACCUGUUUGGCUGUUCUUCAGCUUCAAUUUAAUUUUCCAGUCUUGCUUCACAGUAUCUAAUACAGGCACAUUCUAUAUUUAUUUUGCAUUUCAAUGUACAUUAAACAAUCAUACUUAACAACUGUUCCUUUUUCCAGGACUGCAGCUCAUAAAUGGUACCCAAGCAUACUGGCUCCCAGCAGCACCCCUUCUUCCCCAGUGGCUGACCCCGUUCCAAGUGGUUUGGGGGAAAGGUCAUCCAGAUGGGACAGAAAACACAUUUUGGGAAGGGAUGGGAAUAUAACUCAAUCAAGUUAAAAACAAAACAAAGCCUGGUGCGAAGAUGCUGCACUGGUUGUGCUUCAUCUCCUCUCGCCAUUGCCCUUCAUCUCCUCUCGCCAUUGCCCUUCCCAUUCUGGCUUGGCCCUUUGGUCCAGAACUAGCCCUUGUGGAAAGAAUUGUCUACAGAUGAGCCUCUAAGGCAGGGCUUCCAGUGUGCCCUAGAAAAGAUGAACUUUCUCUCCAAGGGGGGAAAGAAAUCUAAACUAUGUCAGUCAUGCAAACUAAGCAGACUUGCAUAUAUUAACACAUACUAUAUUAAUACAUACUUUUCAUACUUGGUUCUACUUCUGCUGCUCAUGGGUAGGAGCACAGCGAGUCCUUCUUAGCUUUGGAGAUUUUGCCAGAUGACUAAAUCUUCUCAUCCUUCCAUCCACGUAGGGUAUUCAGUGGCUUUUGGGGAGUUUAAUGAGGACCCUGAGUCGCCAGGUAAGGGAAUGAGUCUUUGCCGGGGGUGGUUUUUCGGGGUGGAGUACGGUGGGGUCUGGAGCUGAGCAAAAGUCAUCUCCUGAAAUUCUCCAUCAUUUGAAUGAAUGGCAAAAUUGGGGAGGGAAAGGAAGCCAUUAUGUCAAAUAUUCUCAGGGGGAGUAGUUCCUUGGAGGUGGGGGGUCACCAUUAGCAGUGGCAAGGCUACUUCCUUUCCCCCUCCUAAUUCUCUCCAGCCACCCUAGCUUCUGAAAGUGGCAAUUGUAUGUGGCAUCCUCAACAUCAUGGGUUGGCAAACUAAGGUCCGCAGGCCAGAUCAGGCCCAAUUGCCUUCUAAAUCCGGCCCCUGGACUGUCCGGGAAUUGCCAACACGUGGAUCACCAGCACAUGCGUUCUUUCCCUCUCUCUCCCUCCCUCUUCCUCACACAGCGACAGCAGCACCUCCUCCCUCCCUCCUCCUGGCUUCUCCCUGCCCUGCCUAGAGGAGGAAGGGGGCAGGGCUUUGUUGGUGCCAGCCCCUCUCCAGAGCCCUUUCACGUGCCACUCAUCGUACCUCCGCCGCCACCAGCCCCUGCCGCUCGCAAGACACAGGAGCCGCAGUUGGCUGAGCGCCCCUCUCAAGCGUCUGCCAUUUAAAGCAGUCCCUCUCUGGAGCCCUUUUGCACGCCGCUCGUUGUCCCUCGUUCAUCCCACCCAAAAAAUAUAGUCCGGCCCCCCACAAGGUCUGAGGGACAGUGGACCAGGCCCCUGCUGAAAAAGUUUGAGGACCCCUGCUCAACAUCCUAGCAUUGUUUAGGGUAUUGUGGGGAAAACCGGAGAGCUUCCAUUUACAUAAUAGGGGAAAUAAUUGGAGGGCAGUCAGCAGAACUGCCCCCCCCUUUAACUCUUUUCAGAAAUUUUGGCUCAGCUCUAGGGUCAACAGGGGUACAGUAGGUACCCCUGGCUUUGCGGCUUGGUUAAGCUUAACUUUGCUCAACAUAAACGACUGGCUCUUAUUGCUAGGCAUUUGAAUUGCAGCUGCAUACUGCAGACAGUAUACAUUUAAAACACAUUUAAAGCACAGUUCCCUACCCUCCCUCCUGUUAAGUUGUGGGUGAACAUAUCAGACGACACAGCGAUUCUUCAAACAGCUCUUGUUUAUUCACAGGCCAGAACAGAACUGAACUGAAGUGUUCAGUCAGCCUGCUUAUAUGGAGCUCCAGUACAACGUAACUGUAACAAUUUUCUAAAACUACCCAAUCACUGAAUGUCACUUUCGAUCCCUUAUUUGCAUAACUAUCUACAGUAUCCCUCUGCUGGCCCAGGGUGAGAACUUCAGUACACAACACCUCCCAAACAUAAUCCUGGGAACUGUAAUUUGCUAAGGGCACUGGGAAUUGUAGGUAUGUGAGGGUUAAACCCAGAACUAUUUGUCUGGGGGAGUGCCUUAUGGGGUGUUCUUAAGCCUUAGUCAUGGGCUGACUUUGUGACUUUAGUCCAAUCAGUGUCUCCCAGCCCCAGCUUUUCCAUCUGUAAAAUGGGAAUUAUACAAUUAACGUAUUUUGCCAGGCUGCUGUACAGAGCAACAGAAGAACAAGCUGCUGCUGUUCCUUGCCUACAGUGUGGAGCAGGGGUCUUUUAUCUUUUAUAAUAUAAUAAUAAUAAUAAUAAUAAUAAUAAUAAUAAUAAUAAUAACAACAAUAAUUUAUUAUUUAUACCCCGCCCAUCUGGCUGAGUUUCCCCAGCCACUCUGGGCGGCUCCCAAUCAAGUGUUAAAAACAGUACAGCGUUAAAUAUUAAAAACUUCCCUGAACAGGGCUGCCUUAAGAUGUCUUCUGAAUGUCAGGUAGUUGUUUAUCUCUUUGACAUCUGAUGGGAGGGCGUUCCACAGGGCGGGCGCCACUACCGAGAAGGCCCUCUGCCUGGUUCCCUGUAGCCUCACUUCUCGCAAUGAGGGAACUGCCAGAAGGCCCUCCAGCACUGGAUCUCAGUGUCCGGGCUGAACGAUGGGGGUGGAGAUGCUCCUUCAGGUAUACAGGACCUUUUAACGUUAUCAGUAAGAUUUUAUGAGGUUGCUAGGGCCAUCCCUUCUUGGCCACAGUUUUCCAGACUAAGAUAGCUCUUCCCAAGACUCCAAGCUCAGUCUUCAGGUUGCUUUAGCACAAACCUCAUGUCUGGUGUGUUGUGAACUUAGCCUACUGGGUUAUUCACAACCUCUGAGACGGCUCUUCUCUUUGCAGAGUAUGUUGUGGGCGUUCCUAACAAGAGCCUGACAAAAGGAGUGGUGAGUCCUGUGCAGGAGAUCUACAUUUUUUCUUCUGCGCAUCUGGAAAGAAGUGCACAGGCUGUGCUGAAUUCCAGACACAAGAGGUUUCAGGGGCGUCAGGCCUGUAUGCUUGUGUUGUGCCCUCCAUCUAAUCCGAAACAAAAGAGCCCUGCAUGCUCAGAGACACCCUUGUCUUUACUGUUGUUUCAGUAUACAGUGGUACCUCUGGUUGCGAACAGGAUCCGUUCCGGAGGCCCGUUCGCAACCUGAAAAGAACGCAACCCCCGUCUGCGUGUCUGCGCAUGCACGGGUUGCGAUUCGCCGCUUCUGCACAUGCGCGUGACGUCAUUUUGCAUGUCUGCGCAUGCGCGAGGGGCGAAACCCGGAACUAACCCUUUCCGGUACUUCCGGGUCGCCGCGGGACGCAACCUGAAAACGUGCAACCUGAAGCAAACGUAACAUGAGGUAUGACUGUAUGUUCUAGGGCUGAGAGCAGUGGCACCUAGCUUCAGAGGACAGGGUGUGUGCUAAUAAUAUGCCAAAAAUAAGCCCUGUGCCACUCUGCCGUUAUUAUUUCACAUAUUGCCUUGCAUUGAAAGCAGGAUCUGGGGGUCAUAGGGAAGAGUUAUGACACAACCAUGUAGGCUUUGCUUGCCACUGCCCCAAUGCCACCCUGAUUUGGGGCUCCAUCUGUGCUAUUCUUACCCUGCCCUGUGAAGCACACUGUGAUCGCUCUCAGCAAUGGAGGGCGGUGGUUGCUUUCUUACCUCCACCUUCUUGAGAAAUAUGAAGGGUGGGAUUCACUAACCCUUGAAAUCUCCCUGACUCUCUUAUCCCUGUCCCCCAUCCUAGGUGCAAAUUUUCACCUUAAAGCAUUCCUUCCAUCUUCUGCGGUCCCUCCCCAGUGAGCAGGUAACAGAGCCUUGAGCAACAUGGUUCCCUUCCCUCCUGCCUCUUCCCUGGCAUGCUUUUCUCAGCCAGACAUAAUGCCAAAGGGGUAUUAUAAAACCUGACACAGGGCCUUCUCAGUGGCUGCACCCAAACUGUAUUUAAUCUGUCAUUUUUAAAUUGAAUUGUGUGUUGAAAUGGAUGCCUCUUGCUUUUAUUUGCUUUUUAUCUGCACUUAUUUGAUUCUAAUACGCUUUCAUUUCAGUUUUGCUUAUUAAGAUAUAUGGAUUGGCUAUUUUGUGUUGUCGCCUUUACUAUUACUGGCUGCCAGGAUUAUUAUUAUUAUUAUUAUUAUUAUUAUUAUUAUUGUAAUAUAAAAGUGGGAGGUGCACAUUGUUUUUCACCCUCUUACCUCUUGCAGGUGGCAUCCUAUUUUGGGCACACAGUUGCAGUUGCAGAUAUCAAUGGCGAUGGGUAAGGCCACAGGAGUUAGCACUGCAGUUGGCAGUUGAUUUGGAUUUGGAACAGCUCUGUGGAUGGUCAAACUAAGGACUCAGCAACAUUAAUAAAGAAAAAGCUUUUUAUAUUUGUUAUAAUACUGUGACACCAGAUGGCGCUGUGGAGUCCUGUUUUUCACUAAUGUGAUUUCUUGCUAUGAGGUUUUCAACACAUUUUCCUGAAUUUCCUUUCUCAUGUGUCUAGAUGCAGCCAGAGUUUUAAUCUUAUUUUCCCCCUGCUAUAAAUAUGGCUUCAGGUUGAAGACCUCAUUCCCUUGCUCUCAGAUCCGAACCGUAACACUAGGCUUAAAUUACAACCCAGUGCACUGGGAGGGAUAUUAAUUAUUGUUCCAGAUAUUAAUAGCGCAUAGUUUGAAGGUAUUGGAAUCAUAAGAACAGAUUCCUUUUGGAAGAAAUAAUCGUCCAGGCCCAUAAAAAUAUUAUUAAAACUUUUGCUUGCAUAACUAUUUAAAAACAUAACAUAAGCAUCCAAGAUACACCCCAAAUACAGUGGUACCUCGGGUUACAGAUGCUUCAGGUUACAGACUCCGCUAACCCAGAAAUAGUACCUCGGGUUAAUAACUUUGCUUCAGGAUAAGAACAGAAAUUGCAUUGCGGUGGCGUGGCGGCAACGGGAGGCUCCAUUAGCUAAAGUGGUACCUCAGUUUAAUAACAGUUUCAGGUUAAGAAUGGACCUCCAGAACGAGUUAAGUUCUUAACCCGACGUACCACUGUAUCCAUACGAUGUCUUGUGCUCUCUGGAACAGGCUCAGCAUCUUAGAAAUAAAAGAUGCCGGUAACUCCCAAAAUCAAAAUGGUGUCUCUCUCCCCAAUUCCAGACUGCCUUAGUCUGCCUAAGGCUAUGCAACUCUUUUUGGAGAAUCAUUAUCACAUACUUUUGUUCUCUGCCUGUUCUGAGAAAGACUAAAUAGGCAACUCCCUUCAAAAUGGAGAUUUACAACUCAAUACCUUCAUCGCAUGAUCAAAGGUUCACUCCCAGCACAGAGAAACAAUCAACAGGUGAUCAUUAACUAGUUACAGCUCAGAGUCCUUUAGAAACUUACUGUGGAAAAUGUUAGCCCAAAGUCAGCCGUAGAAUUUAGCCAUUUCCCAUUUUAAAACUUCAUUAAUACACAUACAUUUUUCAUUUCCGUGCCAAUUAAACCAAUUUAUACUUAACUGGGAUGUGGUUGCUUUAGAACAGACAUCAUCUGGCAGCUCAUGGGACCAGACCUGGGCCCCUUAGAAGUACCAUGUGCUAAAGCAAAGGCAAACCGCCCCUCACUCCAGUUUAAAUGGUCAUACAGUAAAACUGCUGCUGAUCACAAUUUUAGAGUAACUCAGAAGCAUGCAUCCUCCCCAGUGAGCCCUCUGAUUAAGAGUGCUGUUUUAAUCUAGAAGCUUGCACACCCCUACUCCCCCCAAAAAAGUUAAUUGAAGGACAAUCCUUUCCCCGUGAGAUCUAGGUCCCCAUUUUUGGAGUCUGCUGCCAUCUCUUGUCAGUUGGCUGCUCCUGCAGCCUUGGCAGAAACACGCUUAGGUUUUACCCUGAUAUAAGUAAAAAAACUGAUCCUUUUCCCUUAUGGGGUACCCAAGAGCCCAUAUAAAGUUCUUCUGCAGUUGUGAUGUUCUAUUAUGCUAUUGCUAUAUAUAGUUUGCAAGCCGAUUUGGGAUUCAUUUGAAUGAAAAGCAGCAUAGAAAUACUAUCAAUUGGUUCCUACUGCCUGGGUCACUGAGCCCUGUGAGUGUAUUUGGGUGAACUCCAAAAUCAUAGAACUGCAGACUUGCGAGGGACCCCCCCCCAAAGGUCAUCCAGCCCAACCCCCUGUGAUGCAGGAAUCUCAGCUAGUUCAUCCAUGGCAGAUGGUCUCCAACUUCUGCUUAGAAACCUGGCAGGUCUGCAAAUCUAUUAUGAAGCAGCCUGCCUGAGUUGGUUAAAAGAAUGGAUUACAUCGGAUAAUGCAGACACCCUGGACCUAGAAGCAGCAGCACCUCUCGCUGGAGUCUGACUUGAGCAGAGCUCUAAGGGAACUUUUCUGUCCCCCCCCUCAACUAGAAAAGAUGACAUCCUGGUGGGGGCCCCUCUCUUCAUGGAACGCCACUCCGACCGCAAACUCUAUGAAGUGGGAAGAGUUUACUUAUACCUGCAGCAGAAGACCCCCACUGCUUACAUCACCCCCUGGCAGAGACUGACGGGCACAGAUGUCUACGGUCGCUUUGGCAUGGCCAUUGCUUCCCUGGGCGACGUAGACCAGGAUGGAUGCACUGGUAAGGAUGGGAUGGAAGGCCACCCCCCCCCUUUUCUCCCUCUCUUAACCCCCAAUUUCCUAUUCUCCAUUCCCUCACCCCACAAUCGAGUGCUCAAGGUUGACCGUUGGAGCUUCACUUACAAUCACAGCCCGUUCCUCACCAUAGCAUGGGCGGAGAGUGUUUUGUUUUAACCCGAGGGCCGCCUUCCCUUCCAGGGGCCACUUGUCAACAGAGGACAAGGGCCAGAGGUAAAAUUGGGCGGAGCAAUAGAUAUUGAUUUUGCCUUUGUAUGGCAGACUUGUAUUCUGUUAAUGAUAAGUUUGUGUUGAAUAAGUUUGCCUUCAGCAGGCCCCGGUAGCUGAGGGAGGAGAUGGGAGGAGGAUAGCAAAAUAGGAGAGAGGGAGAGACAGAGAGAGAUAAUGUGAAGAAUGCAAAUGAAUGUGAUUUAUAAAAAAAAACUCCUUAAGAGUUGCUGAAAUGUAUUACUCAUAGAUACAGUAUUACGCAUUUUGUGUUUUGAUAUUGUGAUUUUAUGUGGCACCGUAUUUUUCGCUCUAUAAGACGCACUUUUCCCCUCCUAAAAAGUAAGGGGAAAUGUGUGUGCGUCUUAUGGAGCGAAUGCAGGCGGGAGGCUCUGCUCAGCGCUCCCUUUAAAGAGCCGCGUGGAGCGUGUGUGUGGCUCUUGGGGGCUUUUCCCAAGGAGGGAGAAGGGCAGCCCAUCAGUCCCUUCUCCCUCCUCGGGGAAAAGCCCCCAAGAGCCGCACACACACUCUGCACGCUCUUUAAAGGGAGCGUGGCUCUUGGGGGAGCCUUCAUCCCGUUGCCCUGAAGAGGCUUCGCGUGGCUAUCCCAGAAACCAGAUCCCUCUUGCUGUUCUGGCUUCUGGGAUUCAGAAUAUUUUUUUUCUUGUUUUCCUCCUCCAAAAACUAGGUGCGUCUUGUGGUCUGGUGCGUCUUAUAGAGCGAAACAUAUGGUAAUUGCCCAGAGACCAGUUGGGUAUAGGGUGGUGUACAAAUUUAACAAAUAAUAAUAAUAAAAUACUAAGGGCGUAGAUACAAAACCUUGUUCCUACUCACACUUACACAUUCCUCAUGGAGGCAAGCAAGAAAUGUUUUCAGAAGCAUUCCAGCCAAGCAAAAAUGCUCAAGAAGGGUUAGACAAAGAGACCCAGAGAGCUGUGUUAGAAUUCACAUCUUCCCCAGAGUCAAAUGUGAGAGUACCCAGAAAACCCUCAAUUUAAGCCUCAGGUCCUCCUUCUGGUAUUUGAAUCCUGCCUUUCCUGGGAGUGUGGGAGACCUUUGCCUUCCCCACCACACAGACGCCUUUUCUGCCUGACCUGUUUCUGCGUCAUGGGCUUUUCCUCUGCUUCCCUCCGUUUCCCCGCCAUCUUUUCUGACCAAAUGGGUGACUUCACCUUAUCGAUUUGGUUCCGUCGCGUUUACAUUCCAACCCAUUCUUUCCUUCCACAGACAUAGCCAUCGGAGCCCCCUUCGCCGGCCAAGAUGGAGGUGGCCGUGUUUACAUCUACCGAGGGCACCAUGAGGGCUUGAGUUCAUCGCCAACCCAGAUCCUUGAGAGUCCCUUCUGUGGGCCGGCUGGAUUUGGCUUUGCCAUACGCGGGGCUGUGGACAUUGAUGCAAAUGGCUACCCUGGUAACGUACAACGGAAGUAGGCAGCCAAUGGGUUUUAGCACUGCCUGCACAGGCGACGGCCAUUUUAGGCAUGUCCAACGGACGCGCGAUCGCUGGCGCACAGAUCCUUUCGGUCCCAGAAGCAGGAGGAAUGAGGGUGGGGCACGGCGCUUAUGUUUGUGGGGGCUGGGAACGGGACCCCUAUGCAAAUGGGUUGCCGCCUGUAUUAAAUAAGGGUUUUCCAUACUUGAACUUUGCCCCGCUCUUUCCCUGCGAAAACCCUCUCUUUAGUAUUUAGAUCGGAGCAAAUGUCAAUCUGGGUUUCCCGCAGAUUUCCAUUUGCUCCAAUUGAGCUUCAAAGAGCAGCUUUUCACAAUAAAAGGUCUAGAGCAAGAAAAAAAGGGGGGAGGCUUAGGCACUGAGCUUUAAAACCAAGGACCGUACCUGGAAAGUGUGGAUAAGCCCUAACUUGUGAAAGAAUUUUGACUCUUCAAAAGGCUAUGCCAGAUGUCCUGUACCUAGAAGAAAAAAAUGAGGCAUAUAAUUACUGUAUUUUUUGCCCUUUAGGGUGCACCGGCCCAUAGGGCACACCUAGUUUUUUUGGGGGGGGGAAUAAAGAAAAAAAUUAUUUCCCCCCCCCAGGCGCGGGGCUGGGGCGGGGGAAGCCCGAGCUUCCCCCGACCCCAGCCCCCAGAACAGGCUGCUAUCCGCAAGCCUUCGGAGCCCGGCAGGAACUCCCGUGGGGCUCUCCAGGCUUGAGGAUAUCUUGCGGAUAUCUGCUCAGCGCGCCCCAGGCUUCAGGGUGCAGGCUGCUAUCCGCAAGCCUAGGGAGCCCGGCGGGAACUCCCGCGGGCUCCCAAGGCUUGCGGAUAGCUUCCUGAAGCCUGGAGAGCGAGAGGGGUCGGUGCGCACCGACCCCUCUCGCUCUCCAGGCUUCAGCGAAAGCCUGCAUUCGCCCCAUAGGACGCACACACAUUUCCCCUUCAUUUUUGGAGGGGGAAAAGUGCGUCCUAUAGGGUGAAAAAUACGGUAUUUACGUUUAUUAAUUGCCUUGCCAUUCAUGGAAUCCGCUGUCAUGAUACAAAGCUUCUCUUUUAUAUUUGCUUCUUUCAUUGGGUGAUCCUAUCUGGAUAGCAUAACAUAUAUUAGCUGAAAAUCAUUUUAUUUUUUGAAUAAAAAAGUCUAGAUUUUGCAAGGGUUGUUUUAAUUAGCAGGUGGUGCAAAAUUUGCUUAGGUCUUGUAGAACUUAAUUCCUAAUCGCAUCAGUGGAGUGAGCAGAACUGGGAACCCGAGGCAGCUUGGUGAGAUGCUGCAACACUGAAUCGUAGAAUCAUGGAAUUGUAGAGUUGAUAGGGACCCUGAGGAUCAUCUAGUCCAACCCCUGCAAUGCUGGAAUAUGCAUCUGUCCCUUAGAAGUAUCAAACCUGCAGCCUUGGCAUUAUCAGCACCAUGCUCUAACCAACUGAGCUAUUGGUGGACUGCUAACUUUUUUUGGUUGUCUUGUUCCCCUUCACAGAUGUGCUGGUGGGAGCUUUCAGAGCCAGCAAAGUGACUGUGUACAGGUGAGUCGAUGGAGCCCCAAGACCAGUGGAACGAGAUUUCCCUGGAGACCUUGUUGCCUAUAAAUGCUCCCCCACCCCUCCCAGUUUAGGCCCCUGCUUUUUGGAGCAACACCCCUGUGCUUCCAUUUCAAGCUCUUCAGCCAACCAGCACUGUAAGGGUUAGGAGGGAACGACAAUCGUUCCCCUAGUUUGGUAGAGGUGGGGGAAGAUGAUUGUAAGAAGAAAGAUCUUGAUGCCUUCAUCACCCUGAGGAUUCACUCCAUGCCCUCCUUUGCGUGCCUCCUCCUCGAGAGGUUCAGAGGGUGGCAACACGAGAACAGGGCCUUCUCUGCAGUGGCUCCCCAUCUGUGGAAUGCUCUCCCCAGGGAAGUUUGCCUGGCGCCUUCAUUAUACAGUCGUACAUUGGAUCUUAAAACGCCUUGGCUCCCAAACAAAUCAGUUCCUGAACGACUGAAACCCAGACGUGGGUGUUUCGGUUUUCAAUUUUCUGAAGCUGAACAUCCGGCGCAGCUUCUGUGGCUUCUGAUUGGCUGCAGGACGCUCCUGCAGCCAAUCGUAAGCCGCGCCUUCGUUUCCGGGAGUUGAACAGACUCCUGGAAUGCAUUCUGUUCGAAGACCAAGGUACGACUGUACACCUUUAGGCACCAGGCAAAAAAGUUCCUUUUUAACCAGGCCUUUGGUUAAUCCGAUUUACAUCCUAUGCCCUUUUAAAAUGUGUUUUUUUGUGUGUAGGGGGAUAUUGGGUUGCUGUUUUUAUUUUUAUUAGGUAUUUUGUGCUUUUAUAUCUUGGUUUUAUUCCGUGAACAGCCCUGAGACCCCCAGGUAUAGGGCAGUAUAUAAAUUCAAAUAAUAAUAAUAAUAAUAAAGCCUUGACAUCUGCAGAAGUGGCCAUAAUUUAACUACCCUGUGGGCAGAAAGAAGGGGAGUCGGUGACAGUCACUAGCUCAUUUUCAGUUGCAUAUAUCAGAUGCUGUUGAACUGCAACUCUUAUGCUGACAGAGGCUGUUGGGAAAUGGAGCCCAACAUCUGGAGGGCUAGGGCAGUGACAUUUCUCGUAGAGGAACAUUUAGGGCCAGGGGCGCCAGCGAUUGGAGGGCAGGGGCUCCACAUCAUGACGUCGCGUGUGUGAGCAUCGCACCUCCCUUCCUAAGUUGGGCAGAAGCUCCCCAGGCUUUGGGAAUGAGGUGGCAGGGGAACAUUUAGGGGACUAGUCUAGUCUCCCUAGUCUAAUAAUAAUAAUAAUAAUAAUUUAUACAUCGCCCAUCUGGCUGGGUUUCCCCAGCCACUCUGGGUGGCUCCCAACAGAAUAUUAAUAAUAACAAUAAAGCGAUAAAAUAUCAAACAUUAACUUCCCUAAACAGGGCUGUCUUCAAAUGUCUUCUAAAAGUCAGAUAGUUGUUUAUUUCCUUGACAUCUGGUGGGAGGGUGUUCCACAGGGCAGGCACCACCACUGAGAAGGCCCUCUGCCUGGUUCCCUGUAGCUUCACUUCUUACAGUGAGGGAACUGCCAGAAGGCCCUUGGCGCUGGACCUCAGUGUCCAGGCUGAAUGAUUGAGGUGGAGACGCUCCUUCAGGUAUACUGGGCCGAGGCCGUUUAGGGCUUUAAAGGUCUGCACCAACACUAACUGCACACCACAGAGCUACAGGUUCCUCAGCCCUGUUGUUGCAUACUGAAUCCACCUCCUCAUCCGACCAAAGGUUUCCUUCUCCCUUAAAUGAGCCACCUCAUUCUCGCUUGCUGCCCUAUAUACAUGGCACCAUCUCUCAGGAACACCUGUUUGACCAAGCUGGGCAUCUAGCAGGCUGCAAAGUGACCGGCCCUUGUGUACAAGGAUGCAAGUCAAGUUAGGGUAAUUGCUUUAAAGACAGGAUGGGCUUUGACAUGAUAAGGUGUUCUAAUCCCCUCGGAAGCUGUAGAUUUUGCCGCACGGAGGUCUCGUGCAUUCGUCACCAACACUUUGCCAGUGCUGUUUGACAACAACUAAAGAAUCAGCAAAUGUUGCUGGUCUCUCUUGGAACUUCCUGUCUGCUUACCCUUGUUCACUAUGUUUUUGUUUUUGGUCCCUCUCAGAGCUCAGCCGGUCAUGUUUCUCAAAGCCCAGAUGUUCCUACCAGGUGCGCUGAACCCAGAGGAGAAAUCGUGUACGGUAGCAGGAGUACAAGUCAACUGGUGAGCCGGGUGGGAAGGGCAUUGAAUCUAGAUCCUUUUGUAGCCUAGGAGAUUCAGGUUCUGUGCUCAAAAUCAACAAGGCAUGUCAAAAACAAUCAAGGUAUGCCGUUGGUUUUCCUGUUUGCAGGAUUUAGUUUGUUUUUGGAAAUUGGUUUCGGGGAUCUUCUUGGAACCUUAACAAAAUGAUAAUUGAAAUUACCCCUCAUUUAAAAAUCUUCUUCUUCUUUGGCGAUCACUCCUAGCCGAGUAAGAUUGUCUUCCUUAACAUGGUUUUAACAAUGAGUCUGUAAGUGACUGUGGAGGCCAGUUCUGGAUCCACACAUCACAGUGGGGACAUUGGUUUCUGGGCAGGAGUUGAUCAGGGUGUGGAUUUGCCAAGUGUGCCUUCCUCUUAGCACGUUUCUCCCUUGCGUCCUGAGUUUGAGCAUCUUCAAAGCCCAUGACACCUUUGGUAAAGGCUGUUCUCCAACUGGGUAACUAGUAAUAACCAUCUUCUCUAAAAAGAAAAAGUUCAGAACACAACUGGGCAUGGGUGGGGAGAGGAAAUAUAACAUAAGAGGAACCCUUUGAAACCAGCAGAGCGGGAAAUCACAAAUUACUUAUUUCUGGGUCCAUCGGAAAAAGUGUAGAGUGUGGCCAGCACACGUUUGCAAACAAACAAGGAUCAUUCAGGGAGGCAGAGUUGGUUGCUGGCUCCCAGUCGAUUGCACACUCAGCAGCCACAUCAUGUGUGAAACAGUCCUCAUUGCCUUUCUUCUCUUCAAUGCAGCUUCACAAUCCAGAUAUGUGCCGAAGUGUCAGCAAAGAGGAUUCCUCAGAAAGUUGGUGAGUGUUGCAUUGACUGUUGGAAGAGGUGGAGGUCUUGUAGUCAAGCUGCCGCAGUACUGGGGAGAAUGAGAUUGGCAGAAUGGACGAAACUUAUAGAUAAUAGUCAUCUUUCUGUCGGAGGCUGACUUGCCUCUGUUUAUGAAUGAUAGGUUUUACAGAGGUGGAGGCAGUGGUCAGGCAGGAUUUCCAGGUUUUUCAUUCCUCUUCAAGACAUUUCCGGAGAAAAUAAAAAUCUGCUGCAUUCACACAAUCGGCAGUAAAGGUGUCUACUAUCGCACUAAGAGGGAAGUCACUCAUGCUGGUCUGUAAAAAUUAUUGUUGGGACAUAGUCCAGGAAUUUGGCUGAUGAAGGAGUACAGUUCCUCGAUCGCUGCAGCUGCGUGCUUCUGUGGAUACGGUAAGUAUGCAGCUACCAGUAGCGAUGUGCUAGGAAGUGGAUGGAACCCUACAGUGUUUUGCUCCAGACCUCUUGAAGAAUUCCUGAUCCAUGAUUGCAGUCAUGGGAUUUUUGUCCAUCACAUGGCGGUAUAUGUUUUGACUCCACAGAGUGGGAAGUGACAGAGACAGGAUGUUUGUGUUACUGUGUUCCGUGAAGUGGGGCUAUUGUCCUUUGUUCUUUUUCUCUUUGCUGUCUGAUGCUAGAGAAAGAGGAGCCAUGUUGCAGAGCUCCGUGUGUGUUUAUAUGUAAAUAAAGUAGAUUAGCCAAAAUGCUGAGUUGCUGAGGUCUGUUACACAACUGCGCAAACUCUGCGGAUCCCUAAGUGUGCUGGUGUCGGUUGGCAUUGGUCGCUGUGAUGUUCAGGCUGAAGAAAGCUUAUCAAGCUCCCGAACGAUUGACCAGGAGGGAGGGAACAUGUCAGUCGGGGAUGUGUCUCUGCCAGGGUCCUACUCGAGUGUAGGCUGAACUCCUGACAUUGAUAUCCAGUGAGUAAGAAAGGUGUUAUUUUGCUAUCCCAGCUAAGGGUGCAAAAUUAGCACGGGUUGUGUUUGUUUAUUUUAUUUUCCAUUUAUGGAUUUAUAAACUGCUUAAUUUUUUUUUUAAGGAUCUGAAAGGUGUACACGAGACAGUAAGAAAUUAUCAACAAUACAUGGACGAAAUCAACAAAAAAUUAAGAGCAAAUGCUAAAUUAGAUAGGAUGGUUUAAAUAUAAAAAUGGCGUUUCACAGACCCGUAAAACAAUAUAACAAGUGUGUCUGCCUAACGUUACCAUUUCUCGCUCUCGAUCACCUGCUGUGUUUGCUUUCUGCUAAUUCCCUCCCCACCACCAUUCUGCUAGACCUGAAUGCCGAACUGCAGCUGGACCGCAUGAAGCAGAAAUACGGGCGACGGGUUUUGCUGCAGCAGACCAGCCAAUCGAGCCAAACGUUCCUGCUGAAACUGUCAAGAGAGAAACCCAAAACCUGCCAAGAUGUCAAUGCCUACCUGCGGGUAUGAGACAUGGGCAAAUCAUGGCACUUCAUAUAUUUUGGGAGGUGUACAGGGGGAAGCCUUAGGAGUAGUAGAUUUAUACUGGACAGCUCUCACCUCGUUCUGCUUUGUUCUGAGAGCCAGUGUGGUGUAGUGGUUAAGAGCGAUAGACUCGUAAUCUGGUGAACCGGGUUCGCUUCCCCGCUCCUCCACAUGCAGCUUGGGCCAGUCACACUUCUCUGAAGUCUCUCAGCCCCACUCACCUCACAGAGUGUUUGUUCUGGGGGAGGAAGGGAAAGGAGAUUGUUAGCCACUUUGAGACUCCUUCGGGUAGUGAUAAAGCGGGAUAUCAAAUCCAAACUCCUCUUCUUCUUGUUCGUUGUUCUGUGACGCUUCCCCUAUGUUACGACCUUAUUGCCAUCUGGAGGGGCGCUCUUUGCCCUAUAGCGCAACAAAGCAGGACAAAAGAAGAACUGGAACAUGUGCAGUAUAAAAAGUGACCGGUUUUCAGCAGGAAGUUGUGGGACGUGUGCUAAUUGGAAGGGAAGCAUGCACUGAUUGGAAACUUUGGCAGGCACAAAUAGUAUUGAAAGGGAGGUCACGUAUAAAUGCCCCCAUGCCACCAUGAGUGCAAAUCAUCAUGAAUGCACAACAGGUCUCCCAGAAAUGUAGAGGAAGCAUAAUGAAAGAUGCUUCUGAGUACAUACAGAGUGCAUUGUUCCCCCUCCUCUGUAUUGUGAGAUCAGCCACGACCUGUACUGGCAUCCCUGGGACCUGAUGGCAAGGUGAUCUCAGACCUACCACUUUUUGCAAAUCUGGCUUGUGAAACUAAACGGGAGCACUCACUGGCUUUUCCUGUUUAGGGAAGCUUUUAAUGUUUGAUGUAUUACAGUAUUUUAAUUUAUUUUUUUUUGGAAGCCACCCAGAGUGGCUGGGGAAGCCCAGCCAGAUGGGCGGGGUAUAAAUAAUAAAGAAUAGUAGUAGUAAUAAUAAUAAUAAUUAUUAUUAUUAUUAUUUCCUUGUUUUGGGGGCAGGAGAUCCUUCUUGAGCAUUCUUGCCACCUUUGCUUCUGGCAAGGCUCCUCUCAGAAACCCCAGCAUCUCUCCCCAUCAUUGGAGUUCCAUGCUUGCACCUGUUACAGUGAUGCCAGGGGAAAAGGGGAGGAACUUGGGAGAUGGAAUGUGUGUGAGUGAGGUCAUUGUUCCUGGUGCUGAUGCUGGGUAAGCAUCCUUUGUCAAACUGGCAGCUUUCUAAUAGGCUGUUCACCAGUAGGAUGCAUUAGGUGAGAUGAAUAAUAAUAAUAAUAAUAAUACCCCAGCCAUCUGGCUGAGUUUCCCCAGCCACUCUGGGCGGCUCCCAGUCGAGUGUUAAAAACAGUACAGCAUUAAAUAUUAAAAACUUCCCUUCAGAUGGGCAAUACCCUUGCAUGGUAGCGUGUAAGAAUAUGACGUAGUUCUGCAGUUUGAAACUGAGACAGCCAGUCAGAGGGUAGAGAGCAGUGGCUUCAGCUGGGCUGGCAGCCAUCUGGGUGAGUUGCUGGGGUCCAAGCAAUUGCUUUCCUGGGAUCUGACAUAGGGUAAGUGGCUGUGAUGCCUAUUGAAGGAGGCUGCACGCUAUACAUUCAAAGCACAUCCACCCUACCUCAAAGAAUUCUGGGAACUGUGGUUUGUUAAGGGUUGCUGGGGUUGUAACUCCCUGAGAGGCAAACUACGGUGCCAAGAAUUCUUUGCGGUGGGAAAUAAGUUUCAAAGAGUGCUUUAAAGGUAUAAUGUGAAUGUAUUUGCCUCCAUGGUGUAAAUAAAUAUUGCAAAGACCAGGGCCAGCUCAGGGUGCUUUGCUGCAAAUAAGCGCUACCCUGCUGAAGUCAAAGCAAACCCACAGAUUACAACCAAACUCUGAAAAUCUGGAUUUUCUGGGUAAGCAUGAAAGGGCCUUAAGGCUGCCCAAGUAAUUUUGCCUCUUCCUGGCAGGAAAAAUGCAACCCUAAGAUAUCAAACAACUAGCCAUUUGCUGCCCUUUCAAAGCAGCAGAGACCAGCUGCCUUGAGUCAGUUGUCUCUUCUCUAAAGGUAGAAUUCACGGUGUGUCCUCAGCUAAAAUGAAACCAGACCCAUGUGAAACUGCCGUUCGAAAGACAUAUUGGCACCACACACACAAAGCGUGAGAGAGACGGCUGUUUUAUGUUAGUUUUUUGUUACUUCAGAUGUUGCAGGAACCAGCCCUGCAACUUCUAGGUGAGCAUUGGAGAGAAAUUUUUAAAACAUCCAAUUUUUAAAAUAAAAAAUCCCAAGUGUGUUUUCUUCCAACACACCCACGAAGGAGGGCAUCAUGCAUGCUAUCGUCGAGUGUAUGUCUGCAUAUUCAAAGCAUCUCACAGACCCUAGGUAGGGAUGGCAUUCCAGGUCAUAGCUAUCAACUUACAGAUUUGAAAAUAAGGGACCAGCAGCCAAAAUAAGGGACUUUGCUUAGCUUAUACAUAAAUCCAGCACUGAUGGAGCCAUGCUGCUCUUGCAUUUAUGAAAGAGUUAUGAAGGGGAUGUAGAGGGGGACAUCACUACAUUAAGAUGCCGCACUGGUUGGAGGGUAUGCUAAGCAGCACGUCGGGGCUGCCAUCGUCCUAGCACGAGGAGUUCCAUUGGCCCUUCCCCGCCCGAGAGAGGGGGAGGGAGAGAGACUCUCACCCAUGCCACCUGCAAGCCCGGCAUGAGGCGGUUGCGGCGCCGCCGCAGCCGCUGAAGCGCCGCCCUUCUGUGUCCCUCCCCAUCCCCUCCUCUUCCUCCUCCCUCAGGCUGCCUCCUCAGCCAUCGCCGCCACUGCCGCUGCUGCCUCCAGCUUCCCCUGGCAGCGCGGCGGAAGUCUCGCAAGAGAGGGGCUGCCUGCCCGCCCGCCGCCACCCGUCUCCUCACGACGCGCCCCUGAGGGGGGAAAAGGAGAGACGGAGACGCGGCAGCUCGUGCGCAUGCUCUCUCUCUCGGCGGAGGACCCCGAGCCACUGCUUCCCUCCCGAGCCGGGAGAGCAUGAAACCCGGGAAAUUUAAGGGACAUCAUCAGUAAGGGACAGCAGCGGGACACGGCGCUGGGAUAAGGGAGUUUCCCGCCAAAUAAGGGACGGUUGACAGCUAUGUUCCAGGUGUGGCCACUGGCGUUUCCACCUUUUAAUUCUGGCAGGUGCCUUGCCGUUUCGAUAGUCGUGCGGCGUGACACACAGUAGUUCCAGCGAGCUCCGUUUCUGCAUCUGGGCAAACUGCGGAGAUUUUAUCCCUGUUAAUAAUAAUAAAUAAUAAUAAUAAAUUUUAUGUAUAUCCCGCCCUCCCCAGCCGAAGCCGGGCUCAGGGCGGCUAACAACAAUAAAACAGUACAAAAGUACAGCACAAACAACACUCUAAAAUCAUUCAUUAUAAAAUUAAUUCAAAUCAAGCCACUGGCAACCAUUGGGCCAGAGCUCUGCGAAGAUUGCCGAGGGAGGGAGUCAGGCUGUGCCCUGGCCAAAGGCCUGGUGGAACAGCUCUGUCUUGCAGGCCCUGCGGAAAGCUGUCAAGUCCCGCAGGGCCCUAGUCUCUUGUGACAGAGUGUUCCACCAGAUCGGAGCCACAGCCGAAAAAGCCCUGGCUCUAGUUGAGGCCAGCCUAACUUCUCUGUGGCCUGGGACCUUCAAGAUGUUUUUAUUUGAAGACCGUAAGUUUCUCUGUGGGGCAUACCAGGAGAGGAGUCUUACCUUUAUCUAAUGCCGAGCUGUUGCGCUUUGAACAAUUGAAGUGAAAAGAUGAGCUAGCCUUAGGGGGAAUCUCUGAGCCACUUCUCUGCCUCCCACAGGAUGAGGCCGAUUUCAAGGACAAACUGAGUCCCAUUGUUGUGAGUUUCAACUUCAGUUUGGCAUCGGCAUCUGCAGACGGGGAGAUGAAGCCUGUGCUGUCUGGCCAAACAAUGGUCCAGGAUCAGGUCAGAUGCCUCACCAGCCUCAAAGCUUUGGCAUUGUAUGACUUUGAUUCCACUGUUUUAAAGCCGCUGGCUGCUUCUGUAUUUCUUUUGUGUUCUGGUAUUUUGAUUUUCUUCCUUUGCUUUUUAUUUGGAGUAAUUUGAAGCCACAUUGGGAGCCUAUUGAAGCUGAAAUAAGCUAGCAAACAGAAUCAUAGAAUUGCAGAGAUGGAAGGGACCCUGAGGAUCAUCUAGUCCAACCCCCUGCAAUGCGCAGCUGCCCCAAAUACAUAAACAAAAUUGUCACUUAGUCAAGUGCUAAAAUGCUUAAAGUAGAAUCGCAUCCUCUGAGCCAGAAACCAGGCUUCCUGAUCCCAGGAAUAUGAGCCCAGUUGCGUAUAUGAGAUUGUAAGGGAAUUGCACUUUGCGCAUGCUCAGGGAGUCCUCUCCCUCACAAUGCUGAAGACUUGAGUUCGAGCUUUGAAAGCAUGAUAGCCAGAACCAGGAGGGGUGGGGGUGGGGGGGUGGAUAUAAGCACUGACAUUUAUAUUUUCUGGAUUCUAUCCCCCCUAAGCACUCUCAAUGGUUAAUGCUGUUAGACAAUUAUAGAGAGAUCGAAUUGUUUACAGUGGUACCUCGGGUUAAGUACUUAAUUUGUUCCGGAGGUCUGUACUUAACCUGAAACUGUUCUUAACCUGAAGCACCACUUUAGCUAAUGGGGCCUCCUGCUGCCGCUGCGCCACUGCUGCAUGAUUUCUGUUCUCAUCCUGAAGCAAAGUUCUUAACCUGAAGCACCAUUUCUGGGUUAGCGGAGUCUGUAACCUGAAAUGUAUGUAACCUGAAGCGUAUGUAACCCGAGGUACCACUGUAUCUGAAUGACAGAUAACCAUGUUGAUUUCCCAUCUGCGCUACAGGGCAAUGGGAUCCUUCUGCAAUCUUUUACGUUGAGCUCGAACACAUCUCUCCCAACCCACAUCAGGGCUCUUCCACACUUCCUUCCUGCCCCAUGUUUUCUAGGCGCUUUAAGGCUCUGUAUCUGAGCCCCGUUUUCCCCAGUAAAACCUACUCUUUAAUGCUGAAUUGGAACAAACCACGUUUCAGAUUUUCCGUGGACUGCUGUUUGUUCCGAUUUAGCGGUAAAGAGCAGGAAAAGUGCUGAGGCUCCAGGUUGGGAUUGUUCAUCACUCAGUCAAAGCUCUGCCUGUUUGUUACAUCCCACAGACCCGUAUCAUUGUGGAUUGUGGAGAAGACAACAUCUGCAUCCCAGACCUCCGACUCUCCGCUCACACGUAAGCACCAACAGCUGUCUCUUCUUGAGUCUCAAGAGUGCUAGUCCUGGUGAUCUAACCUGGGGCUGUCGUCCAAAAUGAGAAAGUUCAGGGUUCAGAUCUCCCUUGAAUCUGGAAUCCCAGUCCUUUUAAUUAUAGAAGUGUGGUAUGUGAGAGGCUGUAGUGGCCCAGGGCAGCGGGAAGGCAAAAUGCUCUGGACAUUUUUUUAUUUAUUUUAUUUAUUACAUUUAUAUACUACCUUUAUCUUCCAAGGAUCUCAAGAUGGUGCACAUGGUUUUAUUUUAAAGGCCCAUUUAAAAGACAGAACUGACGGGACCAAAUGUAUGUCCCUUGGAAGAGAGAUCUACAGUUAUGGGGCCACCACUGAGAAGGCCCUGUCUCUUGUGCCCACCACUCUAGUUGACCUUAAUGGGAAAUGGAAGAAUAGGAGUUCUGAUACUGAUCUGAAGGGCUGGGCAGAUUUAUAUGGUGUGAUACAAACUACUGCUACAUUCACUGUGUUUCAUUUUGGGCUCCUUCAAACCUCCUGCUUAUUUAGCAUUCAUCAUACUCCUCUUACACAAAGCAUAUGCAAUGGUUACACUGUGUCCAGCGAGCAGUCAAUUUCAUUUGUCUGCAGGACAGUUAUAUGACAAUGAUUUGCUUCACCCUGAUUUGCUUGCGUGGCGGUUUGCACAUCUUCCUACUCAUCGUUCACUCAUCAUCCCACACUUCUCAGACCAUUUCCCCGUCACUUUCCUAACUGCAGAAAGCCUCUCUCUGUGUCUGUUUCUAGUGGAUUUGCUGCACCAGGCCAAGAGAGUGUUUAAUCUGCUUUAACUUUGCAAACCUAAAGAUCCCUCCUGCAAGAUGGUGACAGCCUGGAGGCACCCGGGGUGAGCUGUCAUGAUUGCUCAGCUGAGACAAUGAAAUAUAACCUGAAUCUUGCAGCUCCCUCUUUUUCAUACAGGGAUUUCCUAAUGCACAGCAAAAGGCAUUUCUUAUAACUUUAGCUCUGUCUCUCUCCCUGCAUCCCACCCCUGCUAUGCGGUUGUGUCUCAGGAACGAAGGCUCCCUGCUAAUUGGGGCAGAGAAUGUGCUUCUCCUCCAGACCACGGCGAUGAAUUCUGGUGAAGGAGCCUAUGAGGCAGAGCUGGUGGUGGAGCUGCCACAUGGAACUUACUUCCAGACAGCUAACAGCGACGGGCAGGUAAGACCUUUCACUCGUAGCUGGUCCACGCUGCUGAGUUAUAGUUGUUGGGAAACUGUGUACGUGCAGUUACUCACACAGAGUCAAUUAAGGUUUGGCAGACAGCCAGAAGGCAAUCUGAAGGAGUAAGUCUGCCUGGUGAUAACAGAGACAUGGAGACAACUCCCUGAUUGGUCAAGCUCUCUCAAGGGAGUGAUAAUUAAUGGCCUACUAACUGGAAUGUGUUAGUUCAGAGUUCAAAGGUUCAGAGUUCUGUAUGUCAGUGUAGGAGUUGUGAGUCGUGUCAGAGAGAGCUAGCUAAAGAUCUGUGUUCUGUUCCUGUAAAUAGUCCACUGUAUAUAAUAAACACCCAACUACAAGUUCCUGGUUCCUGCUUCGUCUGUCCUGUUUGCAGCCAAGUCGCCAGUUGCUUAUGUGGAUUCUGCGUGUACUGUGCUAGGUCUGGCUAAGGUCCUGCAACUAGUCAGAAAGUUUCGAAACACCAAUAUGUUUUGCCACAAUAGUCCUUUUGAGCCAAGCCACAAAAUACAGCGUACAUAUUUUCAUCUUCUCAGUCACCCCCUUCACAGAAGCGUCCUUAAGAUAUUAUCAAGGUAUUUCAUAUUUCCUCUAUUCCUGCAAAUUCUGAGGAUUCUCGGCUGCUUGGCAGCUUCCUGCUUGCCAAAGCUUAUCUCUUUUAACUUCCAAAGAAGGAGGAAAGAGGUCCGAAAGGACAAAGUGGUCCUCUGCAGAAUGGUACAGCCCUUUCAGAACUCAAAAUUCUGACUGAGCGGGUUAGAAAAGGCUCCAAUACCCUUGUUUUGUAGCUCGGCUGUGGUCAUGAAUAUACUGAUUGGUGGCCCAGGCCUAAUUCUUCUAUUUGCAACAAUAGGGACACUCUCCAGGUCAUUGCCAGCCUUUCAUAUUGCUCAUUCACCUGGCUGACAGUGAAGUCACCUGUGCGCUCUCUCUCCCUCUCUCUUUCUCUGCAGAAGUUGAUUUGCAACACCCGUAAGGAGAACGAGACCCGCUUGGUGGCCUGUGAAAUUGGCAACCCCAUGAAAUCCAACACCACGGUAUGUGGCUGAUUUCUUAACCAGAGCAGUGCAAAACUCAGGCUUACAGUUUUCUUGGAUGCAACAGACAUCCAACCUCUCCCCCUGUCUGUCACCUUUUUUACAGAUCCAGGUAGAUGUGGAGCUAAGUGUCAGCCAGCUGGAAGAGGCCAGUGAUAACAUAACUUUGAUGCUGCAGCUAAGAAGGUAACAGUCAACGCUGCCCCACUCUCCUGGACCCCUGAAGCCAAGUCCUCAUACCAGGAAACUCACAGCCCCAUCUGUGGCACAGCCAGCAACCUUCCAGUACUGUAUAUUGUUUUGGGGUUCUUUUGAAAACCAAACCAAUUGAGAAAUUUUCUAAAUAAAUAAGCAGGCACCUUCCCUGUUUAGUUAUUCUCCCCCCCCAAAAAAAGAUAUAAUAAUAAUAAUAAUAAUAAUAAUAAUAAUAAUAAUAAUUUAUUUAUACGCCACCCAUCUGGCAGGAUAUAUAAGGGGAGCUGUCUUGUAUAUAUGAAGUUGCCAACUUUUUUCCCAAGUCAGGGCUCCUCCCGUCAGAUGUCAAGGAAAUAAACAACUAUCUGACUUUUAGAAGACAUCUGAAGGAAGUUUUAAAUGUUUGAUGUUAUAUCGUGUUUUUACUAUUCUGCUGGGAGCUGCCCAGCGUGGCUGGGGCAACCCAGUCAGAUGGGAGGCAUACAAAUAAAAUUGUUGUUGUUGUUGAUAGCCACCGAUCUGACGUGGUUUCCCCAGCCACUCUGGGCAGCUCCCAACAAAAUAUCAAAAACACAAUAAAACAUCAAACAUUAAAAAAUUCUCUAUACAGGGCUGCCUUCAGAUGUCUUCUAAAAGUCAGAUAGUUGUUUAUUUCCUUGACAUCUGAUGGGAGGGCGUUCCACAGGGCGGGCGCCACUACCAAGAAGGCCCUCUGCCUGGAUCCCUGCAACCUCACUUCUCACAGUGAGGGAGCUGCCUGAAGGCCCUCGGAGUUGGACCACAGUGUCCGGGCUGAGCGAUGGGGGUGGAGACACUCCUUCAGGUAUACAAGGUCAAGGCCGUUUAGGGUUUUAAGGGUCAGCACCAACACUUUAAACUGCUGCAAGGCAGAAAACUACAGGCAGCUUUCCCAAAUCGCUGCAUCUCUGUUCCUCUUCCAUAUCAAGACUUUUCAUGUCCAAAGCCUGGACUCCAGGCUUUGAGAAAACACUCUUGUGGCACUCACUCAAUAACUCCCACCUUCCCCUGCAGCAAGAACAGCAACAACCCCAAUAGCGCCGUGGAACAAUUGCAGGUGCCGGUCAAGGUUGCUGCAAGAAUGGAACUGCUGGGGUGAGUAAGUCACAUGGAUGAGGGGAGAUUUGCAGAUAGAUGGAUUUCUGUCUGUAUUAGUAUUAACGCAGAUGUGUAUAUGUUUAUAUAUUGUUGCACACUUGUAUAUAUGUGUAAAUAGACCACAUAUCAUAAGACACCCAGUCUCUGAGUGGUGUGAGAUUCCAGGGGUUCCAGGCGCUUACACAGGGCCUGUGUUUCCUUUUUGAAAAUGAAGCACAGUAGAGCCUGUGGUGUCUUUAUGACAGAUGGUUUAUUUACACAUAUAUUCAACCUGAGCCUACGGUGGAGGGGUUCACAGCAUUUCUCCCAUUGCUGCAAUCCUGGAUCCAAAAAGAAAUCAAACACGGCCAUCUGUCCCUCUGCUGAGCUUGCUUGUUUUACAGACUGCAACUAUUUUAUCUUUCAGCUCAUAUCCUAAGCAACUGAAAUUCUAAAAACAACUCCUUCCAGCUCUAAAACUCUACUUAUUGUCUUUCUAACUACCGGUAAUUCUGAGUUGAGGGUGCAUUUGUCCUCUGGCAAAGAGACACUCCAAUACCAGGCUGGCUCCUGGCUUGCAUUUUAACAUGCUAAAUCCAGUGUCUGGCACCCAGGAAUUAGAAGGGGGGUCCGUGCACUCCACAAACUCAUAACUGUGUGUGUGUGUGUGUGUGUGUGUGUGUGUACACACACAGAGAGGGAUGCAUAUAUAUGUAAACCAGUGGAGACUGACCUAUGAGGAUAAAUGGGGCACUGCCCCACCAACCUCAUUUGUCCCCCAGCCAGCCCCCACUUGCCUGCCUUCAUAUUUACAACCAGACCAGCGAUAUCAACUUUCUCUUCCUUAGUCUCAGGGCUCAUCCGCACUUCUGCUCGUCUCACCGCUUUCCAUUGGGAAAACCCACUCUUUGCUGCUGAAUCGGAGCAAACAUCUGUCAGGUUUUCUGCGGAUUGACAUUUGCUCCAAUUCAGUGUCAAAGAGUGGGUUUUCCUGGGGAAAGUGGCAGGGCAAACAGAAAACCACUCAGAUCUGUGCAUAGAAAACAUAGGGCAUGCAGGAAACCUCUUGGAUUUGUGCUUUCUAUGCGCAGGACAAAUGUGGACGAGCCCUCAGUGUUGCCCUUGUAGAACUCAACAGGAAGAAGGCCAGGGACAAAACUUGAAGCUCUGCCUGUUGUUGGCUCUGGCGCCACCUGCUGUUGGGCUCCUUGUCUUCCACCCAGUGUCCACCAGCUACUACAGAAAUACAAAGCCAUCCUGAUGUGAUAACAGUGGGGGGAAAGCUUUCCCACCUGAUUCUGCUGGUCCUACAAGGUUGAUCCGGCUGCUUUGGCCUUGUGGGCAGGAGGGGUCGGUGGAGUGGAGCUGCUGGGAAUAUCAGUGGGGAAGGGCAUUUUGCUUCAGGAGGAAGCGUGUAUGUGUCCCAUGCCGGCCGGGGGGGUUCACUUUCAUCCUUGCCCUCUCCAUGCUCUCCUUCCCAGGAGGUCUGCCCCAGAUGUCGUUGUGGUCCCACUGGCCUUUGGCGACUAUAAGAACACAAGCAAGGACGUAAAUGACUACGGACCAAGAGUUGAACAUGUUUACCAGGUACAAAGAAACACAGGUUGGAACUGGAUGCACAGGGGUGUAGAGACAACACUCCAACCCACCGCACCCACUCCAAUAUUCCUCAGAUGAAAAUAGGGACAUAUUCUUCAUCAGUGUGUCCCUCGACCCUGCAUACCUCCCCUUAGCGACUGGGGCAGAGAUGCAGAUACAGUGGCUGAACAAAGCAAGCCAGAGUCAAGCGACUGUCAUGGCUGCUCUUUGGCACUCACUGUUGGCGUGCAGAGGGCCAGGAGACUAGCUGGCUAGCCCCUGCUGGGCCGUUCCCUUCCAGCUGUCCCGCUGUGAAGACUGUUAAGUUGUGGGUGAACAUAUCAGACGACACAGCGAUUCUUCAAACAGCUCUUGUUUAUUCACAGGCCAGGACAGAACUGAACUGAAGGGUUCAGUCAGCCUGCUUAUAUAGAGCUCCAGUACAAUGUAACUGUAACAAUUUUCUAAAACUAUCCAAUCACUGAAUGUCACUUUCGAUCCCUUAUAUGCAUAACUAUCUACAGUAUCCCCCUGCUGGCCCAGGGUGAGAACUUCAGUACGUAACAGGGUGAAUCCGAGGGAAGCCCACUGUCGGCUCCAUUGACUCCGCCCCCUGGCACAGCUCAAGUCCCAGCCUGCAACCCUAUUCGCCAAAGCAGGAUGCAGGCUAGGAUCCUGUUCCUGAUAAGUGGCAGGGGCUUAUACCCCCUCCACCUAUCAGGAAGGGCAUUGCAGUUUCAAUUUCCUCGUAAGGGCUCCAAUGAAGCUUCCUCUGUCCCGCAACGCCGCCCCACCCAAAGGGGUGAGCGGAUGUGCCUAAUGCAAACCGUUACAUCAGUUUUCAAAUACAAUGCAUGCAUACAUAACAUUUUAUGCACAAUAAACUUAACUUAGAUAAGACCAUCACCUCUGCUUCGACGUAAAUCAGUGACCCGGGCUUCACAGCCAGGGCACACUAUCAGCAGAUCGAACUCCGCACACAGAAUAGGCAUGAGGCUUGUGGAAGCAUACUACAACUACAGAUUUAUUAAGCAUAAAUCAGGACAAAGAAACAUGUCUCUCUCUCUCAUGUUGUCUCAGAGAAAACAGCAAAAAGCAAAAGCUAUACACAACGGAAGUUCCCAGCAAGCUGUGCUGGAAUGUAAACAGACAUGUGACACGUAACAAUCCCAUGUCUGUUCCUAAGGUGGAAUGGAAAUGUCAACACUCACAAUUCCCUGGCGCGGCCUUGCGGACAGGCCACACCCCCUAUGCCCCACUUUCUUUAGGGGAGACUGACGGACUGGGGAGUGGGGAAACAGUGAAAAACUUUCUAUGGGGCAUUCAAGUGAAUUGGAUCUUGUUUUCAUGAAAACAGGAAGUGACGCCAUAUUGAAUGGGGAGGAAGGGAGAAGGGCGGGAGGCAUAGAUCUAAGAAAUGUGUUAGAGGGAUGCACGGAUCUGAACUUCCGGUAACACGUUGAAAUGCUGUACUGAAGGGAAAAGACCCCUUUGGAAUUUGGAACGCUGUGUGAAAAAUUGAGAGGCCGUGAUGGCUUCAGGGUUUUUGUGGUGAUCCCGCUAUUUUGGGGGGGAAGUUGGAAGGCAUGCCACUGUGGAUAUGUCUGUCGUGGAAUUCUUCUCAAUUUUGAUCCAGAGCAGAUUCCAGCGUAUAGUUAGCAGAAUAAAAACUUAAACACGUUGCAGAAUUCCCACCCCCCCAAAUAAACCAGAGGUGAUUAAUAUUUCAUCCAGCAGAACUUUACUGCUGCUGAAGGCAAAUGAGCAUAAUGGUCAUACAUUCCAAUGAUCCAAUACAUUCAGGAUUGGCACUGUCCAUAAGAAAUUCAGUUGCAGCAAACUUAACUUAAACUUACAAUAACUUAUAAGUCUAAACCUCAACACUAAGCAUACUAUGUACAGAACACCACACCGGAAGGAAGAGAGAUAGAUAGAGAAAGUGAACCCAGGCUCCUUCUGGCCUAUUUUUGUAGUCAGCAUGACUUUGACAGAAAGAGAUAACAGAACCAGUUUAAGCCAGCUGCAGUCAGCUUCUCUGAAGGAACAACCCAAACAUCACGAACCUUCUGUUUGCUUCUUUCACACAGAGAAGCUUCUAGAACCCUCUUGAAUUAAUUAGAAUAGGAAAGAUCUCUACACAUCAGAUCAAGACUUUCUGUACUAAAAAUGCAAACCGACAACGUCUUCCCCAUUGCUGACCUCUCUUCCUUCCUUGUCCUUCUCUAAGUUGCAGAAUGCUGGCCCUAGCACUGUAUCUGGGGCUGAGCUUCUUGUGGAUUUCCCCAGCCACUUGCGGGAAGGCUUCCUGCUUUACAUCGCAAGGGUGAGCACGGAAGGCAAUAUCGCCUGUUCACCCACAAAUGACACCAACCCUCUGAAGGUAGGAGCAGCCUCUGGGAAGGGGAGAGCGAAGUAUGGAGGGCCUGAGAACACCUUUAUCAAAUCUUCUCCUUUUUUUUAGUUUAAAGUCCCAAAAGCUGCAACCUUUCCUUCUAGGAGAGUUGCCCCAUCCCCUUUAUCUUAUCAGUUGCCUUUUUUCCUGGUCUGCUUCUGCCUUAAUAAUAAUAAUAUAAUAAUAAUUUGCAGUGGUACUUCAGGUUAAGUACUUAAUUCAUUCCAGAGGUCCGUUCUUAACCUGAAACUGUUCUUAACCUGAAGCACCACUUUAGCUAAUGGGGCCUCCUGCUGCCGCCGCGCCAACGGAGCACGAUUUCUGUUCUCAUCCUGAAGCAAAGUUCUUAACCCGAGGUACUAUUUCUGGGUUAGCGGAGUCUGUAACCUGAAGCGUAUGUAACCUGAAGCGUAUGUAACCCGAGGUACCACUGUAUUAUUUGUACCCACCCAUCUGGCUGGGUUUCCCCAGCCACUCUGGGCGGCUUCCAACAAAGAUUAAAAAUACAUUAAAAUGUCACACAUUAAAAACGUCCCUUCAAUAUGGCUGUCUGCUUUUCACCUGAAUGCUAUUUUUUCCCUUGUAGCUGAAAGUCCAGGAGCCCACAACUGCUCCCAGCUACAAUACGACUGCCCAACCACGGCGCUUGCGUGAGAGGCGGGAUGUGAACUCAGCAGCGCUGCAGGAACCCAUUGUGGUGGUGAGACUUGUUGGGAAAUGGGAUGGACUUCAUAGUGUCAUUUAAAGCGGUUGUCACUGGAUCUGGGUUCCUAUAUCCCCGCUGCUCAUCACUCGGGCUAAUCCUCAGUUGUCCGAUCUGUAAACUUGGGAUGAGCGACUUAUUGUGCAAAAUUGUUUUGAAAACGAAUGAGGCAAGCAUUCUGCUCGUGUAGAAGCCCUCAUAUGGUAGCAGUUCAGCACAGUGUGAUUGAAACAGCUAGCUGAAAACCACCUGUGCACUCAAGAGAUCUAGGAACUUGAUUGUUUUAAAAUUUCAAUACUUAAAUGUCAUAGUUACUAAAUUUACACUUUCAACUUGAGCUGAACAAUUCUAUGGUCCCACUAUGCCAUUGGGGCACUUAUUACCAUACAUUUAAAACUCACGAGUUCCCCCAAGCAUCUUGGGAACUGUAGUUUACCCCUUAAACUAGCACCUUAAACUACAGUUCCCAGAAGUCUUCUGGGAAAAUCAUGCGCUUUAACUGUAUGGUGUGUACGCAGCCUAAGUGUGCAUAAUGUGAUGCCAGAAUAGUUUAGUCACAUGCUACACACCCUGUGGCAUCCAACAUAUGGUCUCCCUGCCAGAGGUGUCUAUAUUGCUAAUAGUUUAUGUUAGUUGGUGCAGAAUUAUCCUAUGAUCUGUCAUGGUCGAGUGGGCAGUUUUCUCCCCCUCCUUCCUCUCCAUUGAGUUUAAUGGGUGGUUUCUGGCAUGCACCACCUCUGCUGGAGGUCUGCCAGCAAUAUCUAUGGCCCUGAAUUUCCCCUGGCAGAGGCAUAUCAUUUGACAUGGGAUAGGCCAAAAAUAAGGGACGCGGGUGGCACUGUGGGUUAAACCACAGAGCCUAGGACUUUCUGAUCAGAAGGUCGGUGGUUCGAAUCCCCGCGACGGGGUGAGCUCCCGUUGCUCGGUCCCUGCUCCUGCCCACCUAGCAGUUCGAAAGCACGUCAAAGUGCAAGUAGAUAAAUAGGCACCACUCCGGCGGGAAGGUAAACGGCGUUUCCGUGCGCUGCUCUGGUUCUCAAGAAGCGGCUUAGUCAUGCUGGCCACAUGACCCGGAAGUUGUACGCCAGCUCCCUCGGCCAAUAAAGCGAGAUGAGCGCCGCAACCCCAGAGUCGGUCACGACUGGACCUCAUGGUCAGGGGUCCCUUUACCUUUACCUUUUAGGCCAAAAAUAUGAUUCAGUUCACAUUUUAAAGGCGAACCUACCUAAUUUUCCCUUUCCAAGACAACGCAUGAACUGAAGCACAACCAUCCUUUGGAAUUCCCCCUUCCCCAGAUUUUUCAGUGCAGUUCUCCAGCCAAGUAGUUUACCAAAAUACAGAGGUAAAGUGUGCAUAGAAAUGCGUAUAUAAAUGACAUACAAGCAUCCAGUAUAUUAGGGGAACUUGAUUUGUAAAUAAUAAUAAUAAUAAUAGAGAUGUAUACUAGGUCAACGUGCCUGCAAAAAAUGUGUAUAUUAGCAGAAAUUCACUUUGAAAGCUAAUGAAUUUUCAUUAAGUCUGAAACGAAUUCAAAAACUGAUGUGAAAACAUAGAAGACUGAGCAAUGAAGAAAUGGGAAACAGAGAGAAUGUCAUACCUUCACACACAUACAUACAAACACACACAUACACAUAGUUUGUAUCUGGAGGUUAGGAUUGCACCCUGUGUUUAUCCACAGGUUAUACAUCCUGCAGGCAGAAUAACUCCAUCAGUUUAAAUUAACUUAACUCUCUUGAUCCAACCUGCCUGCAGAACUGUAGUAGCCAAGACUGUGCCGUCAUCUGCUGCCAAGUGGGGACUCUGGAGAAAGGGCAAGGAGCCAUGGUGACCAUCCAUGCAGUGCUGUGGCUGCAGACUUUCCUGGAGGUAAGGAAGGAGCUUCUGUGCAAGGGAUGGGGAGGCGGAGAGUUCCCUUCCUAGAAAACAGGAUUGCCUUGAUUUUAGAAUACCCCUUCCCUGGAGAGAGGCUUGCCUGGCUCCUACAUUGCAAGCACUUUAGUGCCUUUGGGAAAUUUUAAUUGUUCUCAUUUUACACUUUGCUUUGAAAUAUUCUAUUUGUUCUCACUUUACACUUUGCUUUGAAAUAUUCUAUUUGUUUUGGGGGGGGCAUGUUUUUAAUAUAUAUGUAUAUAUGUGUGUAUCUAUAUAUCUAUAUCUAUAUCUAUAUCUAUAUCUAUAUCUAUAUCUAUAUCUAUAUCUAUAUAUCUAUAUCUAUCUAUCUAUCUAUCUAUCUAUCUAUCUAUCUAUAUCAGUGCACAACUUCCUGUAAUCCAGACAAGAUGAAGGGUAGCAUACAUUUUUACAAGAUCACAAGAUGCAGUUAUGAUGAAGAAGUGGCAAACAGUUUGUGAUUUAUUUAUUUGUUUAUAUGGCACCAUCCAUAUGAAUGGUGCUUGCUUGCUUGCUUGCUUGCUUUAUUUAAUGUCUAUACAGCUUUAUAUUUUUAAUAAAAACCUCAAAGUGGUUUACAGCAUAUUAAAUCAAUAAAUCAAUAAAACAUUAGCCAAGCGAUGUUCCUCCGCCCUCUUGAGGAGCUUCUCCAGUGGGGCUGGUGAGUGUGGGGCCUGCCCCCUAGACCAGGUGGAAAGGGCCUUGCAGGGAGCUGCCCUCACGCGUCACAGCUGGGCGAUGUUCCUCCGGCCUCAAGGGCCCCUUGCCCCGAGGAACUUCUAAUCUAACAUUCUUCACAGAGGAAACAAGACAUGAAGGGGAAGGGGAGCCAAGGAUACACAGGGAACGAUGAUGUGAUUGUUUCAGUGAUUCAGUGGACGCUUGGGUUGCGAACAUGAUCCGUGCGGGAUCACGUUCGCAACCCGCAGCGUUCGCAACCUGCAGCGGCGCGUCUGCGCACGUGAGGGUUACGAUUCGGCAUUUCAGCGCAUGCGCAAAGCGUGAUUUAGCGCUUCAGCACAUGCACAACCACCAAAACCCGGAAGUAACCUGUUCCGGUACUUCCAGGUUUCGGCGGUCCAUAACCCGAAAAAACGCAACUUGAAGCGUCUGUAACCCGAGGUAUGACUGUAAAGUACUUAGGCUGAGUUACAGCAGGGCAUGGUAACUGGAGAGAGGAGCCAAAGAUUUCGUGACCAAAGGUGGAUCUGGAGGAGGGAUUUGAAGAAAGUAAGAGAGGUAGUCUGUGGCAACAUUCACUCUGUACGUUUAAAGUGCUAUGAUACCGCUUUAAACAGUCACGGCUUCCCCCAAAGAAUUAUGGGAGCUGUAGUUGUCAGUUUGCAUUUCUUAGUACAGAAAGUAUUGAUCUGAUGUGUAGAGAUCUUUUCUGUUCUGCUUAGUUCAGGAGGGUUCUGGAAGGUUUCUUUCCAUGUGAAAGAAACAGGCAGAAGAUUUCUGAUGUUUGGGUUAUUCCUUCAGAGAAGCUGAGUACAGCUGGUUUAAAUUGGUUCUGUGAUCUUUCUGUCCAGGUCCUGCUGACUAUAAUAGUCAGGCCAGAAGGAGCCGGGGUUUCACUUGCUUUCUCUUUCUAGCUCUUCGUUCUGGUGUGGUGUUCUGUUCUGUAUGCUAUAGUGUUGAGGUUUAGUACUAUUAUAAGUUGUUGUUAGUUUAAGAUAAGUCUUCUGCAACUGGGUCUUUUAUGGACUGUGCCAAUCCUGAAUGUAUUGGAUUUGUGUCCAAUAUGCUCAUUUUCCUUCAGUAGCAGUAAAGCUCUGCUGGAUGAAAUAUUAAUUGCCUCUGGUCUAUUUUUGGGAACUCUGCAACGUGUUUAAGUUUUUCCUCCACAUGCGGCGCAUCAGUCGUUUGUGCCCCCCACCCCCCGUGCUAUAAUUUUCAGAGUUCUCUAUGGAGAGGGAUUGACUGUUAAAUCACUCUGGGAACUGUACCCUUGUGAGUGGAACAGGGAUCUCCUUACAACUCUCAGCACCCUUAACAAACUAGGAUUAUCUAAGGGAAACUGUGGUUGUUUAAAGUGGUAUCAUAAUAAUAAUAAUAAUAAUAAUAAUAAUAAUAAUAAUACCCCAGCCAAGACCGGGCUCAGGGCGGCUAACACCCAAUAUAAAACAAUUGAUGGAAAUACAACUUAAAAAACAAGAUUAAAAUACAACAUUAAAACAUUAAAACGCAGCCUCCUUUCAGUGGAAACUCAAAUCAAAAACUUUUUGGGGGAUAAAAUGUGGCCUGGGUGUCACGGUUGAGCAAGGAAAGAAGUCUAGAAUAAACCCCUUCAUCUAGCAAGCAUAGUCUGAGUCCAGGUUCUUAUUUAUAAGAGUUGUAGACCUCUAGACACCACCACCACCCAACCCGGAAGCCGGCGCCAUUUGGGGGCGCCAAGUUUUGGCCUCGCACAGGGCAUUUCGAAAGGUCACCAAAGCUCGCCCCUGAUGGCAGGUCCAUAAUAAGGGCUCAGGUAAUCCAUGAUGGUCUCUUCUACCACAGCACCCCAUGAAGGAGCAACUCCUCAUCCAGUCUCAGGCCCGAUUCAACACUUCAGGGAUGCCCUACCGCAUUCAGCCGGAAGUUCUGCCAAGUGGAUCCUCUCUGGUACGUCAGUGAAUCGGUGCAGCCGAAACUCAGCUUUGCAUAAGAACAUCAGGCCUGCUGGAUCAGGGCCAAUGGUCCCUCUAGACCGGCAUCCUGUUCUCAAGCAGGACCUGAGCACAAGAGCACUUUCCCCUUUUGUGGUUUUCUGUGGCUCAAGAAUAGAUUACCGUAAAGGGACCCCUGACCAUUAGGUCCAGUCGUGGCCGACUCCGGGGUUGCGGCACUCAUCUCGCUUUAUUGGCCGAGGGAGCCGGCGUACAGCUUCCGGGUCAUGUGGCCAGCAUGACGAAGCCGAUUCUGGUGAACCAGAGCAGCGCAUGGAAAUGCCGUUUACCUUCCCACUGGAGUGGUACCUAUUUAUCUACUUGCACUUUGACGUGCUUUUGAGCUGCUAGGUUGGCAGAAGCAGGGACUGAGCAACGGGAGCUCACCCUGUCACGGGGAUUCAAACCACCGACCUUCUGAAUGGCAAGCCCAAGAGGCUCUGUGGUUUAACCCAUAGCGCCACCCGCUCAAGAAUAUUUCAGCUUAUUGAGAUGAACAGGGCCUCAUUGAUGUUUUAACUCAGGUGUACCCAGGAAGCAAAAAUAGGGACAAUGAUUCACCAGGGACAAGGAGCAGAAGACUGUGUCUGUCCGUCCUACCUAGGGUAGUUGAAGUAUAGGAACAUGAGUGUACCGUAUAUUAUGGGUUUUGGCAAGUCAUAAAGCCAAGUGGGUUGUGUGUGAGGUGGAUCCAUGGGGCUCACUAUCUGGGAUUGCCCGCUUAUGGUUUCUGAAAAUACCUGGUCAUUUGGUGAAGUCAGGGGCUAGAGCCUGAUGGGUUUUUUUUGGUGGAACAGAGGUGAGACUCCCACAAGAAUUCUAAGGUCUCAAAAAUAGAAUUAAUGUUCAUGAAUGCACAAGGUAAACACACAUGGAUAAGUAUACAAACCACAUGCCUGAAAUAGUACAGGAGAGCAAUCCUGAAGCCAUCUUGACUUGUAUGUAUGAUGAAUUUUGGGGUUAAGGGGUUGGGCAAUUUCAAAAGUCUUUAAAGGGGCUUGCAGACUUCUGCAAGGGGAGGGGAACUCGGUUGCAACAGAAAAUAAAGAUCUUCCUUGUUUUCACUGGAUCUUAAGGUAAAGCUAAAGGGACCCCUGACCAUUAGGUUCAGUCGUGGCCGACUCUGGGGUUGCGGCGCUCAUCUCGCUUUAUUGGCCGAGGGAGCCGGCAUACAGCUUCCGGGUCAUGUGGCCAGCAUGACUAAGCCACUUUUGGCGAACCAGAGCAGCGCAUGGAAAUGCCGUUUACCUUCCCGCCGGAGCGGUACCUAUUUAUCUACUUGCACUGGUGUGCGUUCGAACUGCUAGGUUGGCAGGAGCAGGGACCGAGCAACGGGAGCUCACCCCGUCGCAGGGAUUCGAACCGCUGACCUUCUGAUCGGCAAGUCCUAGGGUCUGUGGUUUAACCCACAGUGCCACCCGCGUCCCUUCACUGGAUCUUACCUGCAUCCAAAAUGGGCUCAAAAUGCUAGUUAAAUUUGCAAAGUACCCAGUUCCAAACUUUAAGGCCGAAGCCUGAAUGGCAGUUAAAUAACUGGUGUUUGCCAACCCUACAAGAAUCACCUGAAUCUGCCCAAGGUAGAGGAGCUCAUCCAUUUUGUUAUCUGCGCUGGGGAUAAAAGACUUACUUGGGCAUGAAAACCCCUCCAUUAUUUCAAUUGCAUCAGGGAGACGAGGGUUCAGCUCACAUUGGCUUUCUCUUUCCUAUCCCUCCCCCCUGCCCCACCCAGACUAAGACACUGGUGGAGUGGGUGGACCCGGCUGCCGAGAGGGAUAUUCCUGUGUGGUGGAUCAUAGCAGCUAUAGUGGUCGGACUUUUCCUCCUUGCAAUCUUCAUUAUUGUUCUUUGGAAGGUAAGCAAAACCUCGGAGCGGGCAAUUCUGGGCCUAGACGCAAAGUGGACCAACCACAUGGGAUGCCAAUAUUCCAGUGGUUUUGGCUUUAGCUGGGGCUUAACAAAAAUAGGAGCACCUCCGGCCCCUGCAGAAAAUGAGCCUUCAUGGGAGGUCCGAUGUCACAAUAACUAACAUGCCUCAUUGGGGAGGCAGUGGUAUAUAGAAUUAUAGAAUUAUAAACUGGAAGCGACUUCCAAGUGUCUAGUCCAACCCCCUGCAAUGCAGGAAUCUCAACUAAAACUUCCAUGAGAGUUAAUAAUAAUAAUAAUAAUAAUAAUAAUAAUAAUAAUAACAACUUUUAUUUAUACCCUGCCCUCCCCAGCCAAGACCGGGCUCAGGGCGGCUAACACCAGGUAUAAAAACAAUUGAUUAAAAUACAACUUAAAAACAAUAUUAAAGUACAACAUUAAAAUGCAGCCUCAUUUUUAGUAGAAACUCAAAUCAAAAACUUUUGGGGGAUGAAAACGUCAAAUCUUCACCAAGGCCAACUAUCAAGACUGGUCCUACGUGGGCCGGAAAAAAGCCAGGGAAGUCCCCAAAUAGGAGUUGUUGUUGUUGUUGUUGUUGUUGUUGUUGUUGUUUUGAUCAGAUCAGCCAACCCCAGCAUACUUCUGAGUGCCUUAUGUGUUUAUUUUGAGAACAGCAGCCCAAUCAAGGCUUUCACCAGUUCAAAGAAGCCUAUUUCUUUUUUUUUUUAAUAGACAGGCUUUUUCAAGAGGAAGCGACCACCCACAGAGGAAGAGGAACAAUUGUCCCAAUGACCCUGGGGCAAAAACAUCUGGGAAGGAGCAGUAGUGGGUGAUCCUCACACAAACACAUGCCCGCCAAUGUGAUCUCAUUUCUGCCUGGAUCCAUCCCUCCCUGUUCCCAAGGAGAUGUCAGCUAGACCUUUUUCUGAGACCCCCCCUUCUUUGCUCUGCAAUUUAAUACCCUUCCUCAGCUAUACUUCUGCACGCAUCCCAUUCUCUUGCUAAAUAGAUGCCCGCAGUAGGCAGUAUCCACAUUCAUGGUUAGCGCCACAGAAGAGUGAUUCCUUCACCCUUAAAAACAAGGUCCUGACUGGAAGACACGGGCCGUCUGUGAAAUUAAAAACAAAACAAAAGCUCACAAAUUCUUAAGUGGAAAAAAUAGGGCUUGGAGAAACAAGUAGGGAGGAAAAAAACCCAGUAUUCUUUUUAAAAGUGCAGAAUUAAUUCCAUUAAUAUACAUAAAGGUAAAGGGACCCCUAACCAUUAGGUCCAGUCGUGACCGACUCUGGGGUUGCGGUGCUCAUCUCGCUUUACUGGCCGCAGGAGCCGCGUACAGCUUCCGGGUCAUGUGGCCAGCAUGACGAAGCCACUUCUGGCGAACCAGAGCAGCGCACGGGAACACCGUUUACCUUCCUGCUGGAGCGGUACCUAUUUAUCUACUUGCACUGGUGUGCGUUCGAACUGCUAGGUUGGCAGGAGCAGGGACUGAGCAACGGGGGCUCACCCCGUCGUGGGGAUUCGAACCGCCGACCUUCUGAUCAGCAAGUCCUAGGCUCUGUGGUUUAACCCACAGCGCCCCCCGCAUCCCUAUUAAUAUACAUAAAACAUGCCAAAUAGACUUGAUGCAUCAUGAAAGCAGUCAGAAGAAGAAUGCCAUUGCCAACUAUACUCUGUUCAGAAUUUGGUACUGUAAAUUAUAGUUGGGCUUGUCCAUUCCACUCAUCAUGUGCCACAUUUCCUUCUCAUUCUACGAGGGGCUGGUCCGUUCAGUUGCUUCAGAGUUAUUCUUUAGGAAUGAAUCUUAACAGGUGUGGAAACUCUCCUAGAGAUGAUUGGUAGACUCCAUAUGAUCAAGGAGCAGUGCCCAUUCCUGAUCAAUGCCCCGUCAGCUCCCCAGUUGUGACCAUUUCCUCCAAGACACAAAGAUGAUCUUGGAAUUGUCCCUCUUGCACUAGCAACGUUGCCUUUCAUCUCCUCUUUGUGGCUUCAAACAAGUCCAAAUCUUCAGCAGGAGAGGAGAACCAUUUUGGACUGAUUCCCAAAGUUGGGGAGCUGGAGGGGCAGUAAAGGCUGCUGGUGCUUCUAUUUUUCCAUGCAGUGCCACACCCUGGGAUCUGCUGAGCUCAUACGGAGGCAAAUGAAGGCAUGGGACAUAAUACAUUGAGUGUAAAAUGCAUUUUGCUGUUUAAUAAACGAAAGACACCAUUUAA